AUGCAUUUUGUGUUUCAGUCCAGCAAAGUUCCUAUUGUUCAGCCAUCCCAUGGAGUCCACCCGCUCACACCACUCAUCCCAUACAACAAUGAAUCCUUCAAUCAAGGAUCCCAUUCACCACAUCUUCCAGUAGACCUAAAUCAGAAACAAGGUAAUAUGCUUUGCUUUAAUGAUCUAUUCUUUACUGAUUUAUUUUAUGUACAUUUGAUGGAUAAACAAUAGAAUGCAGUUAAUUCAGGAUUCCUGUAGUCACUUUUUAUACUCUUUUGAAAGAGCUUAAGAUUUCAUCUAUUCAUUGUGCUAGCAGUUUUGCUAUCAAAUGUAAAUAUUGGAAGUAAAGCUUAUUUGCAAAAGUCAAUUCCUGGAGCACAGCACAGAGAUGGGUAAGAGCAAAAUGCACAAAGGUCAAAGAUGGCGUCGCUGGAACAGAGGAGAGGUGAUUACAUUUCUAUAUUUUACAUUGAUCACAUCAUGCAUUUUUGUAAUAGUUCAUGUUUACUAUACGGGUUCACUUUAAAACCAACACAAAAUUUUCUGAUUAAAUAUAUACAGUUUUUUCGUGUGUGAUUUAAUAGUGUACGAAAGAUAAACCUUUCAGAGCUUUUUAAUUAAUUGACAGUUUUUGGAUUUUUUCUGUAAUUAAGAUUUUAUUGGAGUUUCCAUUUAAUACAACAACUCGAAUUCUCAAACAGUUUAACCCCAAACUUGCCUCCAGCAACAAUGUCUACUCCCCCCACGAUUCAGGAAGCGUAGACUGUUGCUGGGAAGGGGCUGCACUCCGUUUCUAAAAAAUUCAAAUUGUGCUGGCACUCAUUCACAUGUGGGUGCAGGUAUUCGAGGUCAACCCCAAUGUAUCCUCAUAAUAUAUACAAAAAUUUGAACAUGAAUACCAAACUCUAUGCAUUAAUUAUGAAUGCUAAAGAAAAAUUCAUAAUUGAGUUUGAGACAAAAUUCAUUUAUUGAUUAAUAACCCAGUGUAAUUAAAAAAGUUGCUCUAGUUAAUUGGUGACCUAAUCCUAAAUUGAUAUAUUAUACACAUCGAGGAAAUUCAUAAUAUAUACACAAUAUUUACAACCACUGGCCAUUUCAUAUAACAUACACGAAGCACACGUUCAUGGUAUGUACAAUGAUUAUUUACAACUAAUUUACAGUCCUGAUAUCCUAUACGUGUGGAGAUAAGAUAUCCUAGGUGGAUCCACCACCUGUUAAUGUACUGAUAGACCUUAAAAAAUUGUAGAAAAAGAAAAAAUUGAUAUUAAUGGCAAAUAAUAAAAAAUGAAAAAAUAAAAGACUAAAAAACAGAAGGAAAAGAAAAAGGAAAAAUCAAGAAAAAAAGGUCUAUAAAGCAGUCCAGUAAUGAAGACUAGUGCAAUAGAAAUUGCUUUAUAUAUGGGUGGAUCUAACCAUCAGUAGUGAUGUCUUUGCAGGGAUAUACUGUAGUUGUAUUGAAGGUUUUCCUAGAAUGUAGAAGGUGUAACCCAAUGGAACACUAAAGAAGAAAGUCCUCUUUCGUUUUUAACUAUCUGGCCGUGAAGUUCUCAUAUAAAGUCAGAUCAGUCGGCAGAAACAACGGUCCUGAAGGCAAUCCGCUGAGCGGCAACAAAUGAACAAGAAGAAUCAGCUGUUCAGCAGCAAACGGGCUGCGCGCUCGGGACAUCCAUGUGCCUUCGAAGGCCCCUGCAGUGGACAGAUGAAAGGGCUGUGUUUAAAUAUCCAAGUUUUGGCGGCACUAAGCCAGUUUAGUGGAUGGGGGAGUCACUGAUUGGAUGAGAGCCCCACGGCACUUUGCACAUUCAGAAGCCAGAUGCCGCUUGGGGGGGAGUGGACAUCACUGUUGCGGGCAAAUUUGGGGUAAAACCAUAACAACUUAAUUUAGGUGAUGUUGUUUAGGUACUUGUAGUGUCCUUUUAAGCAGCAUGCUAACCAGAGAACUACCACCACCAGAAAAUUCAAGCCAAGGUCCUUAGGAACAAAAGCUUCCAUCCAGGAAAAAUCUAUUUUUCCAUUCUAUCAGAUACCAAAUCUGUUUGGGCCUGUGAAGGCACAUAGCCUUCCAAGGUCUAGCUAGCCAGAGGCACAGAGCUGUGCAUAGUCUGUAUAAAAGUUUGUGCGGAAGAAAUAUGUCCCUGUACCCCCUCUUUAAAAGCGUCGUCCACAGGCCUGGGAAGAUCACAUUAAAGGACCACUCUAGGCACCCAGACCACUUCAGCUGAAUGAAGUGGUCUGGGUGCCAGGUCCAACUAGGGUUAACCCUUUUUUUUAUAAACAUAGCAGUUUCAGACCAUUUGCCUUCCAAGUGUUCUCCUAAGUCGUGCUCCCUUCUGGAAUUGUAGUGUGGUCAUGUGUGGUUGAUGAAUGAAAUUAAAUUUCAAUACUAGAGGCAAUUAUGAAACUAUUUUUUUAUGUAAUUGAAUUAAAUUCAUAGGACCCAAUCUAGGUUGGUUCUUUAAAAGGAUUGAACAAAGUGGAGAGGUUGACCAGGUACCAAACCAAGUGCUCUAUUGGAAACGCUGGGUUGUGAAAGAGGAUGUAAUCAGCUACCCUAAAAUAUGCCACACGACUGUGAACCUUUCCUAAAAGCACAACUCUGGGCUAGGAUGAGACUGUAUGAGAACUGUAGUAGGGUGCAACAAAACUGUAAUGUAAUGUAAUGAACCCAUCUCUUCCUCCAAAAACACCCAUUAGGCCCUGUUGGUUAACACAUUUGUCUGGGCUAACAUUUCAAAUUGGGCUGCCUUGUAAUAGGGUUGUAACUGAAAACCCAUCCUCACCAUUUAUUUGGUGCAACUGAGGCUUAGAAAAUCUGUCCCUCAUGUCCUCACAAAUGAAAAAGUAGAUGUCAGCCUGAAGAGAGGUCAGGUUCACCCGCGUGAGCAGCAAUGGUAUAGAGCAAACUUUUUUCAAAGAGGGCCAGAUUUGAUUAAGUGAAUAUGCGUGAGGGCCAACCAUUUUGCCUGACAUUCUUUGAACCAUUAAAAUUUAAUGCAAAUUAACUAUGUAACAGACCGCCUUGCACCUCGACUGGGUACCUCCGUUACUGGAUGGUCCUAGCGCUUCCCAAGGGAUUCCAAGCGAUAUCCGCCAGACACCACAACCACCGCAGACUCCACGAACGGCGGUGGUUGGGGUCUCACCGUCUCCUACCCAUCCUGGACCUACGACAAGGCUCCAGGCAGCUUGGACAAGCUCUUAAAAGAGCUUAGAAGUGAUUAUCCAAGGGAGCAUGCAGAGCAUAGCAAUCCCUUGAAGUGAUAUAGCAAUUCCGCCAAUAAGAGACAGGACUCUAGAUUGAGGGUUAAGCAGGAACUGAAUGCACUGAGGCUUUAUUGCUCUUAUAUACACAUUUCUCCACAAGGUUACCACCCACGUACCACCAAUCAUAAACCAACACACAGUUAAAGACUCCCAUUCAUUCCAGCAAAAAUCCUCCCCUCUGCCUGUGAUAUAAUUACUGAACACAAUGGGUUAACGUAAUUAUCACAGGCAGGAAAAUACAGUUUUUAUACAAUUCUUAUAACUUUUAAAUUAUACAUGCAAUAUUAAUAUAAGUCACAUUUUCUAAAUCAGCAUACUUCGGGGACAAACAUAUUAAAAAAUCAUUCAAAUCCGUCCAGCCGUUCGGGAGUUAGCUGGAAGUCAUAUUUUAACCGACUGCACGCACAUUUUCGUGCCCAAAACAGUUCCAGAGAAUCAGGCUGUGCGGCCGGUCUAUUUCCCAUGUUAAAUAUAGUUCAAAUAGGCAAACGGCAACUGUUCGAAUUGUCAAACGAACUGUCGAACAGUGUUUGAAUUGUCGAACGGCGUUCGAAUUGUCGAAUUAGUUCGUUCCAGGGAAGGUAAAACUUAAGCGGUGUUCGUGACACUGCACGCGUUCGAAUGAAUUAAAAUGGCCGUCGCCACGUGUUCGGUUGUCGAAUGGCGGCCACUUUGACUGUAUCCGAAGUGCCAAUUUAAAGUUGCAGACUUGCUCCAAUACAAUUUAAAGGGGCAGUAAAAGUACAAUAAACUCCAAUAUGCCCAAACAACGUUGUUAAAGGGCCAAAUCUUCCAGGGACCAUAGUCACAAGGCAGGAGGCUGGCAAUUAGUCCUCUCCAGGCACAAGUUGUGAAGGGCACUUCGUCACAAACUAUUUUAUGCAAAGUUUAUUGCAAACGGCAUACUUUUCAUUUCAUCUCUUUAUUCUGUCUGAGAUCUGUUUAUUUUGUCUCCUUAUUCAGUCUCAAAUCUCUUGAUUCUGUCUCUUCUUUCUUUAUUCUGUCCCUUCUCUUUUUACUCUGUCCCUUCUCUCUUUAUUCUGUCUCUUCUCUCUUUAUGCUGUCCCUUUUCUCUUUGUUCUGUCUCUUCUCUCUUUAUUCUGUCUCUUCUCUCUUUAUUCUGUCCAUUCUCUCUUUAUUAUGUCCAUUUUCUCUUUAUUAUGUCCAUUUUCUCUUUAUUCUGUCUUUAUUCUGUUUUCUCUUUAACCCCUUAAGGACCAAACUUCUGGAAUAAAAGGGAAUCAUGACAUGUCACACAUGUCAUGUGUCCUUAAGGGGUUAAACUGUCUCUUCUCUCUUUAUUCUGUCCCUCUUUAUUAUGUCUCUCUUUAUUCUGUCCUGUCUCUCUUUAUUCUGUCCCUUCUCUCUUUAUUCUGUCCCUCUUUAUUCUGUCUCUCUUUAUUCUGUCCCUCUUUAUUCUGUCCCUCUUUAUUUUGUCUUUCUUUAUUCUGUCCCCCUUUAUUCUGUCCCUUCUCUGUUUUUCUGUCCCAGCAGGGAGAAGGAACCAAAUCCCGCAAAUCCCAUGACGUCCACGAGAUGCCGCGACGUCCAAGAGAUUGCGAGAACGCAGACUGAGCUCACUGCACGUCCAUCUGCGUUCUCGCGAUCUCUUGGCCCCCAGUCAAGCCCCGAUCGCCUCUCAGGACUGCGGUGUUCAAAGAUCCAGGGGUCCUGAGCGGUGCUCGGGGAUUCACUGGGGGCCUCAACAGGUAGAUUAGCCAAACUACCUAUGAGGCCGUAUUAAUCCGGAACGCGGGCUGGAAUUUGGACAUGACUGGUAUAGAGCAUGGGUGUCCAACCCACGGCCCGGGACCCGCUAGCAGUGCGGCCUGGUUGUAGUCCGCUCUGCUGGGCAGAGAGGGAGGCAGAGAUGCCAUACAGUGGCGUAGGGGGCAGCUGGAGGAGGAAUACGGAGGCCCACAAUGCCGUGCUGUCCGCAUGCUCUGCCCUCACGGUGUUCUGAGCAGAAGCACCCUGACACUUUGUGCGGGCGGCGUCACAACGGGAGAGUCUGGAGUCUGGAUCAACAGGGAGCAGCAAGCAGGCAGAGGAGCAGAGUAUAGAAUACAAAAAGUGAGUAAAUGGCGCAAAGAAAUCAGAAAAAAAAUCUUUUGAGCCUUAUAAGUCGGCUCUGAACUGUAUUAGCGUAUUUGCAACUCCAAGAGUGGUUUUGGUAAAGAUGAUGGUCUAAAAAGAAAAUACUUAUGCUCCUGAAUUUUUGCAAAUACGCUACUACAGUUCAGAGACUCAAAAGAUUGUGAGUGUUCCAAAUUAUAUGUUUAUUGCAUAUACUUUGAUUACAUAUUGCCCUAUGAAGGCUUUCUGUAUAUUACAGGUUUAACAAUCUUUAUCCAUUGUGUGCGCAAACCUGCCUUUCCUGUAUCCAAGAGGAGCAGAUUAAUUGCUUGCUAAAAUUGUUUGUUUUGUUUAAAAGUGUUUUUUUUGUUUGUUUUUUCUGCAAGGGUCUUGAGAGGGAGCAGGUUUUUUUUUUGUGAAUGGAUUUGUAGGGCGGACAGGGGUCUUUGUAGAGGGGGGUAGGAGUUUUUGUUAAUGGGGUGCAGGGGGUUUGUAGGGGGUGGGCAAAGGUCUUGGAGAGAGGGUGGCAAGGGUUUUUGUAGAGGGGGCAGGGGUUUUUGUAGAGGGGACUGGACAGUAGUUUUUGUAGAGGACGGCUGGCAGGGGAUUUUGUAGAGGGGGAACUGGGCAGAGGAUUUGUUAGAGGGGGGCAAGGGAUUUGUAGAGGGGGAUAUGGGCAGGGAUUUUGUAGAAGGUGGGGGGGUGUUGUAGAAGUCGGACUGGGCAGGAGUUUUGUAGAAGGGGGACUGGGCAGGGGUUUUUGUAGAGGGGGCAGGUGUUUCUUAGAAGGGUUUUUUUUUAUUGCCUACUACUGUUGUAGUAGGAAAAAAAAUAAUAAUAGAAAACAUUAAAAAAAAAUUUUUUACAAAAUAGUGUUUUGUUUUUUUAACAUUUGAAUUAGGUCAGGGGGUGGACUGCCAGAAGCUCUAGGUACACCCCUGAGCCCAUUACAUUCUGAACUUCUCCUGCACAGCUUUCUCACCGCAGGGCAGUGAACUGUCCGCGGGGAUAUGACGUCAUCCCGGCAUCAUUGCUGGGCGCACGAGGGAUCUGUGAAUGAAGAGCACAGAGGCCCCAGACUCCAGCCCAGCAGCAACCACUGGCCACCAGGAAGAUGAUCCACUCCCAGAACAAAGGAGGCUGGGUAGACCUCUUUAGUAUUAAAUGUGUAUGCAUGUAACUUUUGUGUAUGUUUUGUCAGUGAUUGGCUGUGUGUGUGUGGGGGUGGGGGGGCAUGGAUCUGUAGACAUGUCUGUGAUUGUGUGUGUAAGUUUGUGAUUAUGUGUGUGCAAGUUUGUGAUUGUGUGUGUGUGUCUGUGAUUAUGUGUUUGUAUGUAUGUGAUUGUGGGUAUAGGUGUGAUUUUAUGUGUGUGGAUCUGUGAUUAUGUUUGAGUAUGUGUGUAUUUAUGUGAUUGUGUGUAGGUCAGUGGCGGAUCCAGAGCCUGAUCUCGGGAGGUGCACUUGUAGAUUAUUUAAAGAAAUAAUCCAGGCACAAUAACCACUACAGCUCAGUGUAGUAGUUAUGGUGCCAGUAGUGCCAGGAUUCCAUCCCAAGGUAAGUAGUCAAACCGUUUAAGAACAGUUUAACAACUUACCUGGGGUCUGCUGGGAUAUAGGGCAUAGGAGCAGUGGUAUGUGUUAGGGGUGAAGUGUGUGUGAAAGGUGCAGUGUGUGUGUGUGUGUGUGUGAAAGGUGCAGUGUGUGUGUGUGAGCGGUGAAGUGUGUGUGUGAGUGCGUGAGGGCAGCAGUGUAUGUCAGGGUUGCAGUGUGUAUGUCAGGGUUGCAGUGUGUGUGUUUGGGGGCAGUGUGUGUUAGGGGGCAGUGUGUGUGAGAGUUGCAGUGUAUGUUUGUUUGGGGCAGUAUGUGUAUGGGGGAACUGUAUGUGUGUGUAUGGGGGGCACUGUAUGUGUGUGGGGGGCAGUGUGUGUAUGGGAGCACUGUGUGUGGGGGGGACAAUGUGUGUAUGGGAGCAGUGUACGUGUGUAUGGGGAGCACUGUAUGUGUGUGUGGGGCAGUGUAUGUAUGGGGGAGCAGUGUGUGUGAGGCAGUGGGUGUAUGGGGGAGCAGUGUGUGUGAGGCAGUGUAUGUAUGGGUGGCAGUGUGUGUAUGGGGGGGCAGUGUGUGUGUGUGAGGCAGUGUAUGUAUGGGGCGUGUGUGUGUGUGUGUGGGGGCAGUGUGUGGGGGUGGGGCAGUAUGUGUAUGGGGGGCAGUGUUUGUAUGGGGGGGAAGGAGGGUAGGCAGGCUUUUUAAUAAUGUUUUUUUAUUUAAAUUAAAUGAAUAUAUUUAUGUCCCCUCCCUUCUUACCUUUAUUGGGAGGAGGGGGGACAUUUCUGGAUCCCUGGUAGUCCAGUGAGGCGUCCCUGGUGGUCCCAGUGGGGAGAGUGAACUCUAGCCCAGUGGGGAGAGUGAACUCUAGCCCGUGGUAACCGCGGCAACACUCCAUACUCGCGAGAGUAGGACCCGGAGGAGCUGCAGGCUGAGCUCCCGGGUCCUCUCUCCCUGCCAGCACGGUGCUCUGAUCUCCCCUCCGGUCCGGGAAGGCACAUUGCAGGGCUGGCACUUGGACAGUGCCAGCCCCGCAUUAGCUGGCAGGGGAGAAUCUCGAAGCUUGAGACACACUAUAGGAAAAGAUGCAAAACAUCUUUCCUAUAUUGUGUUUCAAGCUGUUGUAUACAGCAAACACAGAUGAAAAGGAAUGCAUGUUUAAAAUGGAAUGAGGCAAAAAUUUGAUUCUUUGUUAAACUAAUUUGCAUAUGCCCACCCAGAAUCUUUUGCGGUUGUAACAUCGCUGCAGUUUUGGGAUUUCUGUGGUAAAAGCAAGUCUUAUGGCUUGACUGGUGUGCAGAUUUUUGUUUAACAUUGUAUUAACUAUCCACAGACUUCAGGUGGAAGGGGUUUUCAAUCACAAUUUGGUUUUCAAUCACAAUUUUUAUAUAUAUAUAUAUAUAUAUAUAUAUAUAUAUAUAUAUACACACACACACACACACACACACACACACACACACACACACACUCUGACGUAUUCGAUUGUAUGCAUUUAUACAACUAGUUUGGGGAUGAGUUUGGCAGAGCUGGAAGAGGGUGUGUGUAUGUGGCUGCUUGUGGUUUUGCAUGUCUGGGGGUGGCUGUCUGUUUCAUUUGCGGCUGUAUUGGGGGAAUAGGGGCUUUAGUGUGGGGGCUAGUGGCUAUAGUGGAGUAAAGCGUAUAGAACAGCCCCAACUUCUGCCUCCAGGAUAAAUGAAUGUGAAGAAGUGGUAAAUUAUGAUGACUCAUCAACAUACAAAGCCAUAUACCCCAUUAUGCUUUAUAGUUAUUGGCCCAUUCACACCUGGACUAAUAUUAAUACAGCCUUUCUUACUUCAAGCUACACUUUACAAAGUCCCUAGACUUGCAAAUUGCUAACUUCUAUCUGUUUUCUGAGCUCCUGCCCUGAGCUGUUAACAGCUGGACAAUGAUGAUCUACAUAAAAUAUAUUUUUUAAAACUACUGUGUGAUAUUGAUAACUGAAAGUAGCAGUUUAGGCACCAUAACAGCUUAAGCUGACCGCUCUCUGACAAUCAGUGGCGACGUUGCCCGAUUCUGCAAGAGUCUUCUAGUUUAGAGAUUUUUAGAGAAUGGAAGGGCAGAGAGGCAGGGAUUUCUGCGUUGGAGCAAAGACUUUGCUUCAACCCCUUUAGUUGAGCCAGCGCCAGGGACCUUCUUGCACCAUAACAACUUUAUGACGCUAAAUAUGUUAUGGUGCCCAGAGUGUUUCUUCAAGUAAAUCUAAUUUUUGGUUUCAUUUCGUCAGAGUUUAGUAAAUAAAACUGGCUUCUCUUCUAACUGGAUCUGUAAUAUAUACAGUUUCCCUAUAUGUGUAAUAAUCGAACAAACAUAUAAGUACCCUGGUUAUGAAUUGGUAAAAGCUGUGUGUCUGGCCACUGCAGCAAGUCAGUGGCUACUCAUAAUGAGUCAUGCUUGCGCUAAAUAUAAAGAAUGCAAUUUGACAGUAGGUAACAGCCACAGCCUUAAAAUAAAGCAGACUGUGUGUGGUGAUGAAAAUGGAAAGUUAAUUUUUCUUUUUGCAUCAUACCAAAAAGUCUAUUGGCCAAUCAUUCUUUUGAAGAGAGCUGUAGGCUGAAAACAGGAAAUUGUCUGAUUACUUUAGUUGCUAUGUGUUUUCGUUUGGUUGUGCAUUUCACAUGAACUUUACUGUACAGUACUUAAAAGACCACUAUAGUGCCAGGAAAACAUACUCGUUUUCCUGGCACUAUAGUGCUCUGAGGGUGCCCCCACCCUCAGGGUCCCCCUCCCGCCGGGCUCUGGGGAGAGGAAAGGGGUUAAAACUUACCUUUUUCCAGUGCCGGGCAGGGAGCUCUCCGCCUCCGAUCCUCCUUCUCUCCUCCCUUUCGGCUGAAUGCGCACGCGCGGCAAGAGCUGCGCGCGCAUUCAGUCGGUCUCACAGUGAGAAUAAUGCAAGCGCCUCUAGCGGCUGUCAAUGAGAGGAUUUGAGGGCUGGAUUAACCCAUUUAUAAACAUGUUUAUAAAAAAAUGGGUUAACCCCUAGCUGGACCUGGCACCCAGACUACUUCAUUAAGCUGAAGUGGUCUGGGUGCUGUGAUAAAGUGAAGGCAGAUAGGCCUUUUAACCCCAGGGGAAGAAAGUGUAGUUUGUGUGUUGAACAACACAAAACACUGUUUAGUUAUGGGCCCCUGGGGUGGAGCAUUUGGAGAGAAGGGUGGGCCAAUGCUCCACUCCACAGUUUAGUGGUUUUCUGGGGAGACAUGGAUCCAGGCCAGGGUUUUUUGGAUCGUCUCCAACCCACUGCUCAGCUGCAGUUAAUGAGCUGUUGCAGUGGGAAUAAACUCCUCCCUGCUAGACAGGUAAAGGAGAGGGAUUGCUGGCUUCCUCCCAGGAAGCAGGUAGGAGAGAGGCUGAUCUCUCCAGAUAGAGUCAAAGAGACUAGGCACUGGGAGUGCAGAAGGAAGCAGUCAAGGCUGGCUUGGAGGCACUGGGAGUGCGGAAAGGAAAGCAGUCAGGGCAAGGCUGGCUUGGAGCACUGGGAGUGCAGAAAGGAAAGCAGUCAGGGCAAGGCUGGCUUGGAGCACUGGGAGUGCAGAAAGGAAAGCAGUCAGGGCAAGGCUGGCUUGGAGCACUGGGAGUGCAGAAAGGAAAGCAACAGGCUAGCUAGCAGAGUGUUGCUCUCUAAUAAGGUUGGUGCAAUAUUGUUUUGUUUAGUUUAACCCUGAGAGAUAGGGAACCUAAAGUGAGUUAGUGCUCAGACCGAGCUAGGUUUUUGUUUAUAGGGUUUUCUGUUACAUUUAUGUUUUCAUUUUACUGCUGUAUCCUGUGUGAACUUACAAAUAAAGUGCCUGGAGUAUAUGAAUUACAAGGACUGUGCAUGUUUUUGCCCUAGAGGACCGUGCUACCUGCUGACAAGGAUCACAGUGCCUAGAGUAGUCCUUUAAGGAUGCAUUGAUUACUGUAGAACCAGUAAUCAGAUGUUUAAAAUACUGUGUCCUCUGACUAUUCCUUUAGUGUUCUUUUACUUUCGUUUCAGAAACCGCUCUACCAGCAUCGUGUAACAAUGUGUUUCAUUCUGAGCAGAGCUAGCAAGUACAAAAAUCUUAAAGGAACACUAUAGGGUCAGGAACACAAACAUGUAUUCCUGACCCUCUAGUGUUUAACCCACCAUUUAAGUGGCUUGCUCCCUCCCACCCCCCUUAGCACCCUAACUUAAAAGUUAAUAAAACUCACCUUAUUUCCAGCGUGGCGCUGGCCCUGCCCCAUAGGUGACAUAAUCAGAAUUACCGAUUUUUAGCCAAUUCAAAGCUUUCCCAUGAGGACUGGCAUGGCUUGGGAGAAAAAGUGAUUCAAAUCACGUCCCCCGUGCCACUUAAGGGGGGUGUGACGGACCACCUUGCACCCAGACAGGGUACCUUCAUCAAUCACUGUUUCCUAGUACUUGCGAGUACCAUAAGCACUGCACUGGAACACCAUAACCACCGUAAACCCCAUGAACUGGUUGGGGUCUCGCCGUCCUCCACCCACCCUGGACCCAAGACCAGGACCCAGCUUUCAGUGGGUAGACCUCUCCUAGUCCAGAGAGUGUAGCAGGAACAGCUCUUAGAAGAGCUAAUGAUUAUACUCAGGGGACUAUAGUGAUUAUAGCAAUCCCCAGAGUGUAUGUAGUUCACCAAUCCCCCAAACAUGAGCCAAGACUUCAUGAAGGGGGUAAAGCAUUCUGUUUAAUGGAAGCCACAGCUGGCCUUUUAUGCUAGUCCCCAUGAAAGUUGGACACCCACAUGGACCUUGUUGGGGACAGGGACACAAAGCUUACAAACCAAUCAGAACAGUAAUUAAAUGUACGACACUCCCAUAACAAACAUACAAUCCUUCCCCUCUGCCUGUGAGAUAAUUGAGUCAGAUACUGUAUUAACCCAAUUAUUUCCAGGCAGAAAAACACAUUUUACAAAACACACCAUAAAUGUUACAUCCCCUGAUAACCCUGAUCUGGGUGAACAACAUAUCCAAAAAUCACCCAGAUCAGUUCAGGAAUUUCCUGGAAGUCUUAUUUUUGACCAACCGUGCACAUGGUCCCAUGCCCAAAACAGUUCCAGAGAAUUAGUGCUAACGGUCGGUCUCUCUGUCUGGAGUACAAAAGUACAUACUUCACAUAAACAGAGUCUAUUAAAGUGCAUUGGGCAUGGUGUAUUGCAGGUCCCAUAGUCCUGAGGUAAGAGGCUGGCCAGCAGGCCCCUGCAAUAACCAGUGACGAGGUUACUUUCAUCACAGGGGGCCAGGUACCUAAAUAGUAAAACACUAUAGUGUUAGGAAUACAUGUUUGUAUUCUGGACACUAUCGUGUUCCUUUAAUUAUAAACCUAAACCAGGGCUCGACGAAUCCCAGGUUGUCAUGGUGCCUAGGAAUUUAGCCUUGGUGCCUGAAAUAUGUAAGCCCGGCGGGCGGACUGCUGGGGAAUUAUGGAGGUUGGUGGCAAGUUGGGGGGUCGUGGAGGCGGGCGGCUAGCUGCGUGAAUAGUUGGCGGGCGGCAAGGGAGCUGUGAUGUUCAUGCUCUGCUCCCUCACUUACUGCUUAUUGAGACUCAGAAUAUGACAUCAUAUCCCGACCUCACUAAGUGGCGAGCGGGGGAGCAGAACAUGGACAUCACAGCUCCCUCGCCGCCCUGGUGCAAUACGUGCAGCAUGCUGUCUGCCUCCAUAAAUUCCUAACUUGCCGCUUGCCUGCACGAUCCCCCAGCAGGCCGCCCACCUACACAAUCCCCCAGCCAGUCACCGACUGAUUCCCACAGGUAUCAAUACAGGCAAUAAUGUGUGAGUCUGUGUCAGUGUGUGUCUAUUUGUCAUAGUGUGAGUGCAUUGGUCUCUCUGUCAUGGUUUAUGUGUGUGUGUGUGUUUGUCUGUCAUGGUGUGUGUCUGUGUGUCAUGGUCUGUGUAUCAUGGUAUAUGUGUGUGUCUGUGUAUCAUGGUACGUGCGUGUGUCCGUCUGUCAUUGUAUGUGUGUGUAUGUCUGUCAUAGUUUGUGUGUCUUUCUGUCAUGAUCGGUGUCUGUCAUGGUACGCGUGUGUGUCUGUCAUGGUGUGUGUGAGUGUAUGCGUCUGUCAUUGUGUGUCUGUUUGUCAUGGUAUGUGUGUGUGUCUGUCAUGGUAUACGUGUGUGUCUGUCAUGGUAUAUGCGUGUGUGUGUGUUUGUGUCUGUCUUGGUGUGUGUGUGUGUGUCAUGAUGUGUGUGUUUAGGUUACCAGACCCCUUCUGUUCGCAAGGGAAUUGUGUUUUUACUCACCUUUUUUUACCAUGUCGUGCUGAUCUCAAGCUUGAUGAUCUCAGCCAAUCUAAUGUUUUCCCAUAGAAUUGGCUGCAAAACACUGCACCAAUCAGCAUCUCCUCAUAUAGAUUAAUUGAAUCAAUGCAUCUCUACGAGGAACAUUAAGCGGCUCCAUGCAGAGCGUGAAGAGGCUGAAUGUAGGUGCUGCACAGUGAAAAGGCAGUGUUUACAUUGAAAAGCAUGCAGGGAGAGGCUAUAGACACCAGAACCACUACAUUAAGCUGUAGUGAACCUGGUGACUAUUGUGUCCCUUUAAGAUUUGUAUUUUUGUCAUUGAAUAUAAAGCUAUGUAAGUUUAAAAAAAAAUCUGGCUCCUAGAUUCAAAGCAAAUUUGUCAAGCCCUAACCUAAACAGUGUAAUAGUCACUGAGUUGGGAACUAACCACCCAACCAAUAUGAUCCAUUUUGAGUGAGUGUCUCUGACACUUGAUUUUUGGAUUACCAAUCUUCCUUUAAUAAUGAAAUAGUAAUUAAAUAAAACAAAUGCGUUUCACCAACACAGGGCUUCUUCAAAUGGUAAUGGCUGUGAGGGAGCCCCAUACUUUAGGUUUUGCUGCCUAUAUCCGCAUAUUUUCUGGCUGGUCACUUAGUGCUGAUCCAUUUGUUGUCUGUUUAUUUAAAUAAAUAUGUAUACAACUUCAUAACGUUGUAAUUUUAGAAGAAACUUCUUACUGGAAAGAAGCAAGAUAUUUAUCACAGAUUUUGUGAUUUGUUUUUGUUAAUCAUGCAUCUAGAUGAGAUUUGAUGUGUUUAAUCCUCUUGCUAAUUUAAUGGAGACCCAAUUAAAAUACUCAUGUAGUGUGUGUUGGUUGAAAACCUAUCUGCCAUUCUUUACAAAAUUAUUAUUAGUGAUUGAAUCUUAAACUGGAUGCUGUGUUUAUUUUUGUAGGUGUUCACCGGCCUUCCCAAACAUCAGAUAUGCCUGGCUUUUACUCUAUUCCCCCAGGAGGAGUUGGACAGAUACCACCUUCAGUGGGAUGGUGAGUAUUGAAAACAAGACAAGAUUAUAAUAAUGAACCUUAAUAUUAUACAGUCUAAUUAAAUGUUUUUAAAAAUAUAUAUUUUAAAUUAUGUCUUAAAGUAAAAAAUGAAUAUGCUUUUGUGAAUUUAACAACAUAGUCUGCAUAUAUUUUCAGAUAUUAUUUACUGGUAAGUAUAUUAUAUACUAGUAAGCCCAAAUGCUUGAUAUUUGGAUGCUUGUGCUGUCGUGCGCAAGUCCUGGUAAUUGGCUAUAAAAUACAUAUAGUACUUUCACUGUCUACUUUAUAUUAGAUAUGUUUGUUUGCAAUUUAGGCCUCUGAUUCACUGCACACAGCAUGGCCUAUUUUUGAGUCAUGACACAAGGUUUUAUAACCAGCUGCUUAGCAGUUCAAAGUGCUUCCAAAGGCUUCGAAGGGGCAGAUAAUAAUAUGUAACUUUAUGGGAAGAGACCACAAAAAUAGAAUUGCUUAGUAAAAACCAUUUUCACUCUACCUGAAAUUCAUCUGAAUAACCAUAUGAUGGACAGCUAACAAUAGAUUUUACAGCUAUAUAUGUUGAAUAACAACAAAACUUUGACAUUUUUUCUUCUGAGGCAAAAGUAAAGUACCACUUUCCAUAGAUGCCUGUUACUUACAAUUGUUUUACAUUUGAUAAAGUGUGAAUUUUUAAUUGUAGUCCAAAAUUGUCAAACUGGAAACAAAAACAAGCCUGACUUGGAGAAUUUUUCCACUUUGUCUAUUUUGGUUUAAAACUAUAAAUUAUAAAAUAAAAUUCAGUCUUCGCUAUGGAGAAUUGGUACACACUGUAUUUGUAGAGGUCACUUUAAACUUAUCCUAGAUAGAAGGAUUAAUGUUAGUCAAUAACUUGUAUAUCCAUGCCAUAACUAUUGCAUGCAGUACACGCUACUAAUAAAUACAAAACUGUGAAGUACUAGCUGCCUGUGUUUCUUCCUUAAUCUUGAAAAACUGAACAUAGUCAUAUAUAUGACACUACUAAACCACCCAAAUCUAGAAAACCCAAUGUGUACUUUUAGCUGGCCCCACUCAGAAAUAAUUUGAACAUUGUAUAGGAUAGCAGUCAACAGACUAGUAGGAUAUUGGUUUAUAGAAACCGCUGGAAAUGCAGAUGACUGUGAUACUGACUUUCCUGUGGUUUCCUACCAAGAAAAUAACUGUGCUUAUCUUAAUGUAUAGAGCCAAAACAUUUAGAAAAUAAGGGCAUGUCCCUCAGUUAGCGAUGUUUGCCAGGAGGCCAUUUUGAAUUAUAUUUACUAUCUCUUUAUAUAGCUGUAAAGUAAAAUGUUUACCUGCAAGCUUAGAUCAAUUGAAUGAAAUGUAGGUCCCAGGGGUAGCCAACAUAACUCCCCUUCCUACAAUUUUACAGCCAUUGACUUAUUUUCUUUUAGGACAAUUGCUACAGAUUGUAAGACCAGUAGUUCUGCCACAUCUGGAAAGCUAUAACCAGUACUACUAUAAUUUUUAUAGUUAAUAUUUGAUUAUUAAAAUUUCUUUCAAUAUAUAUUAUAUCCCUAAUAUCAAUGCUUCAUAACAUACAUCUAAAUUUAACAUCUCAUGAUUUUAUAAAAAAAUAAAUAAAAAUAACACAAUUGCUAAAGUGAUAGCAUUUUACAGUAGAUUCGUAUUUAGCAGUCUACUAUACUAAUGUGUACAUCGUCAACAAAAAUUAAUUAUUUACUUAACGAAGAAGUGAGUUGUCAAUUUAUCAAUACAGUCUACAUCAGCAGAUUGAUAAUCCAAUUUUCCAUGUUGAUAAUGCUCCUUUUUCACACUAAAAUUAAUAUUUGCCAUAGUUAUGUAUCUGUUGUUCAUGGCUAUUUUAUUUGUUUUUUUAUUUUUUUUGCCAUCACAGAGUUCAAUAAAUUAUAAUUUACAAUUACAGCAAUUAGCAUGUCAAACUAAUUUUGACUAAAGUUGUCAGCCCCUUCUUUUUUGGUAUUGUAAUAAUUUGUCCAUUGGAGUAAAAUAUGCUGUUUUGGAUUAGUAUUGUAUGUUUCUUUCCUGCUUUGGGAUCGGAAUGUAGAACUUCAAAGGAAUCAGGAGGUUCUUGAUGUAUUGUAGGUCUUGGAUACUUGGUGUGAUUACAACAUAUGUGAUUAACUUUUAAGUAGUGUGGGAGAGAUUUGCUGUCUGACAAUUUGUAAACAGAAGGUCAGGACUCAGCUAAUUUCAGUUUGUUAUCAUGAUAUUUGAAUGGAGGUUGACUUUCCAGAGACAUGCAGAAAUUCUAGUUACAAGAUAAAAUAUGUUUGGAAUGCCAGGAUGAAAGACACACAAAACCACAGGCAAACAACUUCUGUCAUGAACCUGUAGUGACUAACUGGAGAUAACAUGCUAAGUACUGGGACAGGUACAAAUCUGCCAAUCAAUAGAUACAGUUAGAAAAAUGUGUUUUUCUGGGUUUGUUAAUCCCACUUUAACAUUUAUGUAAAUGCUUAUCUCAGGGCAAUUUACCUUUUUCCAAUGCAUUUAUAGUUUUUAGAAAAAGCACUAAAAUCUAUUUAUAAUGUGCCGUAACACAAAGAUAAAUCAGUGGCUAGCGCUCCAGCUGCAGUAUCUCCAACUCUCACGUUCCAUUCUUAGCGAGGCCGAUUCAGCCUUUAUUUAAACCAUCUAAUAAUUAUCAAAUAACAUCUAGACACCAGUGCAUAUUGAAUAUGUCAUAUUUUGUGUCUAUUCAUUCUACUGUGUCACGUAUUACAUAGUCACAUGUAGUUACAUGUCUUAUGAUGGUAUUUUGUUUUUUUGUGGUGGCAGGAAUUUUUUAAGAGAGAGGAGUAUUUAUUUGACUCUCACAAAUCAAAUAUUGAUAUGUGAACUAUCAGCAAUUAAAAUAUUUAAGCCAAACUUUCCAAAUUUAUAACCGUUUCACAAAUUGUCUGUUCUGGACUAAAGUAUAAAAUUAGUUUGAAUUCACUUUAAAUUCUUAACAAGUAAAAUGUUAUUUAAUGUUUUUUCACACUUCUAGAGGAUUUUUAUUAUCUCUUAAUUGCGGUUGAGUAGGCUUUUUUCUAAUCAAAAUUGUUAUAGCUUAGUUAUAGUAUUCUUGAACUAGUCUCUAACCAUCUUAGAUUGUUCCUAUAACUCUGCAUAAUCUAGUGGCACUUCUUCUCAAUAAAGUGGUCUGGGUCAGUGGUCCUGUCUUAGUAACAAAUUGCAAUUUUUUUAAAGAAACCAAAAUGUUUACUUUGCAGUGUAAAAUCCACCCUUUAGUGGAUGACAUAAUGACACCCACUAAAGGAACUUCCACUGCAACUACAGAGUAAAACUCAGUCACAUGACCUGGAAGCCCCCAUAGGAAAGCAUUCAUUCAAUGCUUUCCUAUUGGGAAGCUUGGAUGUGCUCACGGCUGUGCAUGCCACACAUGCCCACCAGGUUCUCAAUACUUUUCAAUGAAGAGCAUUGGGAGGACCAUCAAUGGACAAGGACAGUCCUCCAAGUUGCGUAGAAAGGCUAAGCACUGUGAAAAGUUAAAGGGACACUAUAGUCACCAAAACAAUAUUAGCUUAAUGAAGCAGUGUUGGUGUAUAGAUCAUCCCCUGCAUUCUGCUGCACAAUUCUCUGCCAUUUAGGAGUUAAAUCACUUUUGUUUCUUUUUAUGCAGUCCUAGCCACACUUCUCUUGGCUGUGAUUCACAGAGCCAGCAAGAAAAAUAAAUGUGUUCAGAUGUAACUUACUUUAGAUGUUUUUAUCUCCUGCUCUGUAAACUGAACUGUAAUUAAUACAGGAGGCUCCUGUUGGUUCUAGCAAGCUAUUGACAGAGCAGGAGAUAAGAAAUGCAAGGUUAAACACAUUUACAAUAAAGGAAGUAGAAACAUUAGAAUACUCUUUACAGGAAGUGUUUAUGAAGGUUGUGUAAAUCACGUGCAGGGAGGGUUGACUAGGACUGUAUAAACAACAUGAUUUAAGUCCUAAAUGACAGAGAAUUGAACAGUGAGACUACAGGGACAUGAUCUAUACAUCAAAACUGCUUCAUUAAAGGAGCACUAUAGGGUCAGAAACACAAAAAUGUAUUCCUGACCCUAUAGGGUUAAAACCACCAUCUAGCCAACCUGGUCCCCUCUUGCCUCUCUAAAAAUAGUAAAACUUACUUGUAUCCAAGUCUGCAGCUGCAUAUUUUGUCCCUGUUUCCUUUAGACCUGCCCACUGUCUGAUGACGUCAGCAGAAGUGGUAGCCUGAUCCAAUCACAGUGCUUCCCUAUAGGAUUGCCUGAGACUGACAAAGAGGCAGAUCAGGGGCAGAGCCAGCACAAUUCAAACACAGCCCUGGCCAAUCAGCAUCUCCUCAUAGAGAUGAAUUGAAUCAAUGAAUCUCUAUGAGGAAAGUUCAGUGUCUGCAUGCAGAGGGUGGAGACACUGAAUGUUUGGAUGCAUUUUAGGCAGCCAUGACCCAGGGAGGAUCUCUAACAGCUAUCUGAGGAGUGGCCAGUAAAGUUAUCACUAGGCUGUAAUGUAAACAAUGCAUUUUCUCUGAAAAGACAGUGUUUACAGCAAAAAGCCUGAAAGUAAUGAUUCUACUCACCAGAACAAAUCGAAUAAGCUGUAGUUGUUCUGGUGACUAUAGUGUCCCUUUAAGCUAAAGUUGUUUUGGGGACUAUAGUGUCCCUUUAAGCUAAAGUUGUUUUGGGGACUAUAGUGUCCCUUUAAGUAUUACCAUUUCAUUUAAUAAUUUAUUGCACACACUAGGCAUGGAGGGGUCUGUUUAACUAGGGACAAGGAUAAUAAAGUGUUAGUAAUACAGAGUUGUAAUGUUUUAGUGUUCCUUUUACUGAACAUUCCGAGCCCCACAACCACUACAGCCUACUGUAGGGGUUAUGGUGCAAGGAGUAGCCCGGCACCCUCCCAUGGUAACUAGUCAAACUAUUUGAGAAUGCUUUGACAGCUUACCUGGGCUCCACUGGACACAAGCUGCCACCUUUUCUCCACUUUCUUUACACAUCUGACACCAAAAGUGAAUGAAUAGGUCAGAGCACCUGAUGAAAAAAACAGACUUUUCUAGCCGCAAUAAAGAGUCACAUUUCAGAAGAGUUGUUCACUAUUUCAGGUUGUUCCUGGGUUCCAUAGAGAUAGAUGGGUACAUAUUUUCAUGGUUGGCUACCUGUACAAGGAGUGUUAUUUUUUUAAAUUUAAUACCUUUAAUAUAAAAAAAAAGGUUAAUAUAAUGUAACAAAUAUAGGUAUUUUCUGCACUUUGUAAUUAAAAUUUUGGUAACAGCAACACUCACUCGAAUUAUUGACUUUUUGGAUUAUUUCUUCCCACUCACAGGCAAAGCCAGCCUGUCUAUCCCUUAUCAUCUUGUGGAUUUAGACAGCCAUAUUCCUCCACACUGUCUCCUGGUGCUUCCUACUCCAGGUAAGUAUUUGGCUGCCGAGAUGGGGCAAGGGUUCCCUGAUCUCUUGGCUUUGCAGCUUGCACUGCUCAAGCUUUUUUUUUUGUCACAUACAAUGUUUGUGCAUCCUCCAGAUAAGGGAGACUCUCCAGCUUUAUGUGUUGCAUCCGUGCUUUUCUUACGUUGUUUUCAAAAAAGCAGUCUUCUGAUGUUUCAGUGUAUGCAAAUAUUGCAGCAAAAGAAACCAGCUUAUGGCAUAUCUGUAGAGUCUGUCUUGUUCAUAUAAUUGUACAUGUUUUAUUUUGACAAAAACAUUUAGUUCUGACGUGGAUAAAUCACUACCUAGUAUUUUCAGUAAUAGAUAAACAUGUAGUCGAUAUAAAUUGGGUGGUGCUAGGUUCCACUAAUAUUUCUUCUAAGUCAAGCACAGUUUACAGGUAGAGUAACUGCAAAAAUCCUUCUGUUUUGAGGUAUGAGAAGGCUUAUUAUUAUUUUUGGCAGUUAUAUAGCUCCAACCAGGGCUGGACUGGGAACUAAAAGCAGCUCUGGAAAAGAUUCUAUACCAGCCCAAUAAUGCGUCGCCCCAGCAUAGUGUGCUGAUAUAGAGGGUUAAAAGAAAACUCAAAAUUGAAAACUAUUACCUCGUUUAGUGUAUCUUGUCUCCAAUUCUCUCCUUUUUGUCUCUUACAGCCACCCUUGUAAUUCUCUUUUAGCUCCCCUUGCGUAUCUUUUACUUCAUCUCAGACCCUUUGUGUUUCUUUUUACCCUUCUCCAGCCUCUGUAUGUCUCUUUCCCCAGCCCCUUUGUCUCUUCCUCCUCCUUCCAAAUCCCAUCUGUGUGUCUCUUUCUAACUCCAGACUCUGUGUGCCUCUUUCUCUUCUCCCAGCCACCCUGUGUCUCUUUUUCCCCCAGCCCAGCGUUGCCUCCCACAAACCUUGUGUGUCACUUUGUUCCACUUCCCUUCUGUAUGUCUCUUUGUCCCCCCACAACAAACCUUAUCUGUGUCUUUCUCCCCUCUCCUCCCUGUCUCUCUUCCCCAUCUCCUCCCUGUGUUUCUCUUCCCCCAUCUCCUCCCUGUGUCUCUCUUCCCCAUCUCCUCCCUGUGUCUCUCUCUUACCCCUCUGUCUCUUUGUUCCCCCUCCCCUGUGUCUCUCUAUUACACCUCUGUCUCUUUGCCCCCCCUUCCCUGGUGUCUCUCUAUUACCCCUCUGUCUCUGUGUCCCCCCUUCCCCUGUGUCUCUCUAUUACCCCUCUCUUUUUCCCCCCAUCCUCUGUGUCUCUCUCUAUUACCCCUCUCUGUGUGCCCCCCUUCCCCUGUGUUUCUGUUACCCCUCUGUUUCUGUGUCCCCCCUGUCCUGUGUCUGAUGCGGCCCCUGUCACAGGAGGACUGAGGGAGGGGGCAGAGCUAACUACCAUGCUCCCUCGCGGCUCCCAUAAUUCCCAGCACAGCCACAUCAUAGCGUAAUCACUACUCUAUGAUGUGGCUGUGCUGGGAAUUGUGGAAACCGUGAGAGAGCAUGGUAGUUAGCUCUGCCCCUUCCCUCAGUCCUGCUGUACUGCUGUCAGUAUCAGUGAGUGUGCCGCCCGACCGGUUAUGCGGCCGCCAGGCACACUCACUGAUACUGACAGCAGUCAUACUCAUGAGAUGGGGCUGCUGGCUGCAAGGUAAGUAACCACCUCAGAGUGUGCUGCUGGACCAGCCAUCCAGCAGCACCGACAUGCAACCGGCGGCUGCGAUAUUAUUAAAAAACGGCUGCAGAGCUCCCUCUCUAUAGGGAGUUAGAGUUCUGCAGCCCCCAGGUGCCACGGCCCACCGGGAAAUUUCCUGGUAUCCCAGUGGGCCAGUCCGGCCCUGGCUCUAACAUAUUCUGCUGCACUUUAUUACACUAUUAUAAACAAAUAGAUAAACAUGUAGUCGAUAUAAAUUGGGUGGUGCUAGGUUCCACUAAUAUUUCUUCUAAGUCAAGCACAGUUUACAGGUAGAGUAACUUCAAAAAUCCUUCUGUUUUGAGGUAUGAGAAGGCUUAUUAUUUUUGGCAGUUAUAUAGCUCCAACCAGGGCUGGACUGGGAACUAAAAGCAGUCGGGUAGUAACAGUCCCAGCUUGCCUAUCCAGAGGACUUGGAGGCGUGGCUUGAAACUGUGCUUCCAAUCGUUCAAAUGAUUAAAUUAUAGGAAUUUGGAAGCUAGGACAUGGAGGGAACUACUGUAAGCCCUGUAACAACUUCAAUUAGAUGAAGUUGGUAUAGUGAACAGUGUUCUUUAUGGUGUUUCCUACAACUACUAGCAGUAGACAAGCAGAUUAAAAUAGCCAUACAAUACCAGGUGAUUUGAACAAGUCUGGAGCUAACCCACCUCCAUAUUUAAUACAAACACCCAGGGCCACCAUGACUUUACAGAUUCUGUGGCCUGUGUCUAUACAGACACAAAUUCAGACGCAUGGAUACUUCCACACAGAGAUGCAUAAUCUAAGGCACACAUUUAUGCACACACACAUACAUAUACUAAUAUACACGUUAUUUUUAGCCAUUCUCAUGUUUAGAUAUAUUUCUGAUGCAGGGAUGUUGUAUCCAUGGUGUCUAUUGUGAAAUGAUGGCAAUUAUGUCUUGCACAACUUCCUUAGAACACUGAGAAGAAGUGAUAUGACAACACAUUCUUCUAUCACUGCCACGCACCAAUCAGUAGGGAGCUGUUCAUGAAGUCUAGUAAAAGACUUGUUUUGUGGGAGACUUUGAGAGUAUAUUUAUGGGAGCUGUUACUAAUUACGGUACCUCAAGGGGUGUGCCUUUAAUGGAAGGGUCCAUUAUUAAAAUAAUGCGAACGACCCUAGUUUGCGCAGUAAUAAUAUUUACACUUUGCACAAAACAUGUAUGAUUACACGAAGAACUUUUCUUCCCAGCAUUUUUAAUACUAUCACUACAUUUAACAAAUAUGUACUUGCGAGAUGUAAAUAAUGAAAUCCACACCACAUUAUCCUGCAACUGGUCAGUCACUUUUAUAUGCUCUUUCCUUUGUUACUUGUAGUCAGAAUUGAGAAAACAUACAGAGAAGAGGAAACUUUAACAUUCUAGGUUAUUCGCUAAAGUGAGAAUUUAAAGGGAAUUUCAAAUUACUGCGCAAAAUAGCCAUGCUGAUAGCAGUGCAGAAUGUUUCCAGUUAGGCUAUUUGGGCCUUUAAUUUAAAAUUCACUUUGAUUUGAGUUGACUACGGAUUCCUGACAGUUCUGACUUUAGUGAAUAACCUAGAAAGUUUCUAUUUUCCCUCUUCAUUAGGAAAGUUUGCCCUGGUUUUGCCUUACUGGAUUUUUUAUCUUAUUUGUUAAAUCUUUAAUAUAAAUUUGAAAAAAUAAACAGUGCAUCUCAUUAACAAAAGAUAAUCAUGAGUUAUAGGUCAUUUCCAAAGAUUUGUAUAGAAUGGUACAAAUUCCCCUUUAAUUGUACUUCCCCAAACAAGGGGAGAGCUUUUUCACACAUUCUUAACGCAAGUGCUUUCAGUCAGGAGCCACAUAUAUUAAGCAAAAUGUGAUAGGUAUAAACCUGUUUAAUUCAUACAAACUUUUAAUGGAAGUUUUCAGCUAAACCUGUGGUAACAGGCAAAAUUCAUUAAAUGGUAAUGAACGAGAUCAAAGGUUUGCUUGUAGCAGCACCAUUAGCUGAACUCUUCUGUCACUAAUGUAUUGUUUGAAACAAGUCAUAAAUUGUGCAUUACACACAGAGACCCAUUUUAUUAAAAAACCUAGAGUCACCAGACCGGUUUAGAGUUUAAAAAAACUUCAUGGUACAUGAGAUUUUUCAAGGCAUUUAUCCAAUACAUUAACAGUAAGAAAACAAUCAAAAAUUAAUUGUGCAAAUUCUACUUGUUAAGAUAAAAAAAAUUAAUUUUAGGGGUGUUGUAUCACCAUAAUUUUCUACUUAGUACUACUGCAAAUUGCCAUGAUUAUGUAUUAUAUACUUUUAAAAGGCUAUCCUUUUUACAAAACAGUCAUAUGGGUAAUCAAUAGGGAAAAUCUAAGCAACACUGCCACACACUGUUAUAUCGGCAAUAAUAAAACUCUUACAUUUUAAGGCACCUUUAUUGCAGCUUGAGAGGAAAUGCCUUUGGUAUACUUUAUACAGUGGCUUUUCUAUCUCAUAACAGAAAGAAAGGCUGAUUUCAGGCUGGUGUAUAUAUCAUUUAUUAAAGAGACACUCUAAGCAACAAAACAACUUCAGUUUUGUACAUAGUGGUGGUUUUAGUACAUAGAUCAGAGGAAAGAAACCUAUGGCACUUGAGGCUGCCAGAGCCAAAUAGGCUCUAGCCUGCCAGGAGUCCCAGUGGAACUUCAGAUAUUUGCUAGAGCAAUCUGAGUGGUGAUUGCAGGUGGUAAGGAACAAUGCGUAAUUUACACACUGCAGCACUUAAAGAAAGUGAUCUCAAAUCAUUUCCUCCCAGCGCUCAUGAACAGUAUCCGCACUGGAGUAGAGCAGCCCACAGCGCUCCUGCUCAUGACCUGUACCUGGCCAGCCCGGUCCCCACUAGACACCAGGGAAGCUAGAUAUACACAGACCUGUAGAAUAAACCUCCCCCUCUCAAAUAAUACAAACAGACACACAAUCCCUACAAACAUAAAACCACUAACAAUCCAUAUACACAUACAAUACACAAGUAGCCUCUCACAUGCAAUACCACAAGCAACCCCACAAAUGCACACACCACCAAACACACAAUGUGACAUAUCAUCCACACAUACAAUUCCACAAGCAGGCCCCAUACACAGCCCACAUUCAAAGGUAUCAUACGCAAUACCACAAACUGCUCAUGAGCAUAUAAAAUACAACAGCCCAUAUAUGCACAAAUACAAUGCUACAAAACAACCGUAGCACCAAUAAAAACACAAGCCGAAUACGGAAACAUACACCUCAAUUUAAAAACAAAUAGGACUGGCAAACGAAAUAACUGCAAGAUCUUAUUUUGGCGAAAAACUACUAAGCAGUUGUCUACCCUUGCUGCUGCAGUGUCACUGCUUAAAACACUAUAGUCACCUAAACAACUUUUGCUUAAUAAAGCAGUUUUAGUGUAUAGAUCAUGCCUCUCAGGUUUUACUGCUCAAUUCACUGCCAUUUAGCAGUUCAAUCACUUUGUUUCUGUUUAUGCAGCCCUUGCCCCACCUCCACUGGAUAUGAUUGACACAGCCUGCAUGAAAAAAACUUUCAAUCAGAUGUAAUUUACCUUAAACAAUUUUAUCUCUUGCUCUGUAAAUUGAACUUUAAACACACACAGGAGGCUCUUGCAGGGUCUAGCAAGCUAUUAACAUACUAGGGAAUAAGAAAAUCUAAAUUAAACAGAACUUGCAAUAAAGUACGUAUAAACGUUGGAUGACUCUUUACAGGAAGUGUUUAGGAAGGCUGUGCAAGUCACAUGCAGGGAGGUGUGACUAGGGUUCAUAAACAGAGAGAUUUAACUCCUAAAUGGCAGAGAAUUGAGCAGUGAAGCUGGAGGGGCAUGUUCUAUACACCAAAACUGCUUUGUUAAGCAAAAGUUGUUUUGGUGACUAUAGUGUCGCUUUUAUGCAACUGCCCUAGCUGAGACUCAUACAUCCUCCCUACACACUUCCUUAAAACGAGUCAAACUUUUUUAGCUUAUUGCACAGUGUGUUACAUUUUUUACUUUUUUUAUCCUGCUCUAUUAAUAACCUGCUAGAGCCUAAAUUCUAAAAUAAAGACAUAGCCAUGGGAGGUGUGGCAUGGACUUCAUAAACAGAAACCAAGGAAUUUAAAGCCGCUCUGUCACCAGCCCCCUCCCUUAAAAAAAAAAAAAAGUGUUUCAUAAAGAUAAAAUCAAUAAAAACAUUGAUUGUGUUGGAAUUUCACUGAAAUUGUGAUUGUUUCGCUGAAUGCGAGAUAAUAUCUAUGGAGCCUCCCACUGUCCUCCAUAGACUUAAGGUUAUACUCUUGCACAUGCGCGAGAGUACAGCAAUUAUGUGGGCUCCUGACAGAUGAAGCAUCAGAAACUGAAGAGAGUCUGCAGUUGGAGAUGUCUCUGUCAGCAAGGAACAGCUUAAGGAUAAGUAAAUCUAAUUUGCACUGCAACCCUGGGCCACUGCACACCAGGCAGCAAAAUAUGCAAAGACCCCAGAAGGUGACAGAGCCUCUUUAAUUUCCAUAUGGCAGAGAACUGAACAGUGGGACUGCAGGAGCAUAAUCUAUGCACCAAAACUGCUUCACUAAAGGGAAUCUAUAGUCCUGUUAUUUGGGAAUAUAGAUUCCCUUAUGUCCACUUUCUUUUUAAAGACUACUCAUCUAAAUUCUAGCACUGGUACUCCUCUGCUGCAGCUGCCCAAUCCAUGUCCAGUGAUGUCAGCAUCCAAACUGACAUUACCCGCAAUCUACUCUAAUCGAUUUCUUCUCAUAGAAGCAAUGUAUUGGAACUUGGCAUGCGUGUCCAAACACCGCACUCCUCCAAUCAAAUGCUGCCAUGAGGAGCAUUUCAUUCCCAGACCAAGUUUUACUGGGAAGCGCCUUUAGAGGCUGUCAGGAAGACAGCCACUAGAGGUGGAUUUACAAAAACCUGCAAUGUUUUACAUUGCACAGUUAAAACUAGAGGACCCACUGCACCCAGACCACUUUCUUGAAAUGAAGUAUAGUGUUCAUUUAAGCUAAAGUCUGUAAAUUCUUAAAAUAUCCCCUUCACUCUGUGGACGCCAUAAAGGAAUUCAAUAAUACUUUAGAUUUACAUCUAUCAUGAGCACUGAUUUAAUAAUAAGUGGACAUGCAAUUUCAGCCUAACCUGAACCUGACUGGGCCCUUGGGACCCAGAAGUUCUGCAGUACACAUUGACCUAAAAUGCCAACCUUUCCUUUAAUGAUCCUGCACGGUUGUUGAGAGGCAUGACUUCCAUUUCCUAGAGACACAUAUAGGAGCUGGAUGGCCUAGCCACAAGUUUCCUGGGACUGUGACACUUUUAAACAAAAAAACAGGGUGGUUUAUCAGCAGUUUAGCAGUCUGUCUAUAAAUGUGUUGUUUAAUGAGCAUCUAGAAGAUUAGAAACCUCUCUCUAACAACACGAUGUUAACAAUUAUAAUUACUGAAUAAGUUAAAGGAACACUCCAGGCACCAAACCCAUUAAAGCCUACUGUAGUGAUUAUAGUACCAGUGUUCCUCACAAAUUAUUCAGUUAGAACUGUUUAGGUUGGACUCUGCAGGAGAAUCUGGAUAUCUCUGCUUACGCUUUUGGCAAUUGCCAUCGUCCCUACAUGACCCUGCCUAGCUCAAUGUUAGUUGGAUUCUCCGGCAGGUCCCAAAUAAGUAAUCAGACUGUUCUAAAACAUUUUGAAAAGGAACUCUGAGAGUGUGCAUGGGCAUUCCUGGUGUCAUAAUAAUUGCAUCUGUCUGUAGUAGUUGUGGUGCUUAGAGUUUUCCAUUAUAAGGGACACUAUAGGCAGCCAGACCACCAGACCACUUCAGCACUUUAAAAUGGCCUGGAUACACUGCCCCUGUUUCCCCUACUCCUGCAAUGUCUAGCUCUGCAUGAGGACACUCUGUGGCAUGAGGCCUAAUGCGCAUGUGCAAUGGGUCCCUUCAAUCGGAUGAGGCGGAGGGCAAUCCAGUGCUGGAAUCGGGUAAGUGAAUAAAAGGUUAUUUAACCCUUUACAUCGCUGGGUGGGAGGGCUGCUGCCAUAGACUAUAGUCACCAGAACAACUACAGCUUAUUGAAUUUGUUCUGGCGAGUAGAAUCAUUACCUUCAGGCUUUUUGCUGUAAACACUGUCUUUUCAGAGAAAAUGCAGUGUUUACAUUACAGCCUAGUGACAACUUCACUGGCAACUACUCAUAUGGCUGUUAGAGAUCCUUCCUGGGUCAUGGCUGCCUAAAAUGCAUCCAAACAUUGUGUCUCCACCCUCUGCAUGCAGACACUGAACUUUCCUUAUAGAGAGAUUCAUUGAUUCAAUUCAUCUCUAUGAGGAGAUGCUGAUUGGCCAGGGCUGUGUUUGAAUUGUGCUGGCUAUGCCCCUUAUCUGCCUCCUUGUCAGUCUCAGACAAUCCUAUGGGAAAGCAUUGUGAUUGGAUCAGGCCACCACUUCUGAUGAUGUCAGCUGACAGCUUGCUAUUCUGAGGCAAACAGCAUGCAAAGCUACAGCUUCAGGCCUGAAUACAAGUAAGAUUGUGCUAUAUUUAGGGAGGCAUGAGGGGCCCAGGGGGGCUAGAUGGUGGUUUUAACACUAUAGGGUCAAUAAUGCAUGUUUGUGCCCCUGACCCUUUAACAAUAAAUUAUUCCUUUAAGCACAGUAUGCAUAUAUAAUACUCUCACUGCAUACAGGAAGGAAGCCAACAGCAUUGUAUGAUCAGUCACACACCAUUAAAAUAUCUUACAUUUUUACUACAGACAUUUUGAGACGUCAUUGCCUUCUUUUUGUAUUCAUCACAGUUUAUAGAUCAAAACAUCUAAUUUUAUAACUUGUAAGAUCCAAUAUGUUUGGGUUCUAAUACUAAGUAUCUUACUUCUUAAUAUUUUAAUCUAUUAUUCUACAGUUUCACAGUUUUCUUUAAUUUUACCUCCUCAUUUGUAUACUGUUGUGUACGGAAUUUCAGAAUGUUUGUAAACAAUAGGCACCAAGAUACUUCGGGUGGCAGAAUGCGAGCAGCUUUCACUGACCUGAAGAGAAAACUGUCCAUAAAACACAACUCACUUUACCACAAAGGAAACAAGGAAAUUAACAAAACUCAGUUAUAAUGACAGCACUAUGUGUGUCUGAGGACAAUGUGUCAUCAAGUGUGGCUUUACAAUCCUGCGCACAGUGCCGGGAAGGAUGAUGAGUACGACCCUGCUUAGCAGCUCCUGGAUUACCCACACUCUGUGUGUGAUUUGAGCAGUUUUUAAAAACUGUGAGGUCACAUUGAGGGCUGAUCAGGUCUUGGAACAUCGUGGGUCUUUUUCCUCUUUUUCUGCUGCAGAUCUGAAUGUAUUGUGAAGUGCCCUACAGUGCCAGGAAGCCAUGUACAGGGAGAGAUAUGCACAAAUAGGGCAACUGCCUUCUCCCUCCCAUCCAUUCUUAUUUUACGACUGCUAAUCAUCUUCUCAUUUUGUGGGAUUAGGACUGAAUUUAAAUUCCUUCUGCUGCUUCCUGAAUACUUUGAAAUAAACAUCCUUUAAAAGCAAAAAAUUAAAAAAAAGGAUCAAGACAGGAAGCUGUAUGGGGAAUUGCACGUUGUGUAUUAAUAUAGACAGUAUAUAGAACGCUUUGGCUUUUUCCACUCAGAACGUCUAUUAUUGUUAUUAUUGUUGAGACAGUCAAAAGAAGAAAGAAAUAUCUUAGAAAGAAGUAUGUACUUAAAACGUAACUUUUAUUAUGAUAGUCAAGUCAAUAAGUAAUUUAAAAUCCAGAGUAGCCCAGUGAUCCUCACUGUUUUUUCUCUGGGAGCCACAGAGGCUAGAAACAGCCAGCAAGAGAGCCACAAUUUUAUGCAACUGUAAUACUUAUUAAAACAACAUCCUUUUUUAAAUUCAAUUAAAAGGACAACUGGCUUUAAUUACAAUUAACACUGAGACUAGAGGAAGGAUGCAUUCAUUUUCUUAAUUCCCUUCUUACUGUCUAUGUCUCUUUUCCAUCUUCUCACCCCAUUUAUAUCUUUUUUUUUUUUAUCUCCUCAAACAUGACACACGUCUCAUUUCCAUCUCAUCAUCCUAAUUUAUGCCUCUCUUCCAUCUCCUCAUGCUUAAACUAUGUCUCUUAAUAUACUGCAAUCCUACCUGCAGAUUUACAGCUUCUCUGUUUUACUCUCAGCUUCUCUCCCCCUGUGUCUUUCCAAUUCUCCCUCUGCCUCUCUCAGCACAUGCCAAAAAUAAGGGCUAAGCAGCUCCAUAAUUUGCUAUCCUUAAAUAUAGCAAUCCCACAUAAUAGAUUUAGGGAGUUAUCGACUAAAAAAAUAAGAAAAUCCAUAUUCUUAAAAGAACACUAUAGGGUCAGGAACACAAACAUGUAUCCCUAAUAUGUAUAACAUUAUCUAACUCCCUGCCUCUCCCUUGUCCCCUUAAAUACAGUAAAAUUGUACCUUUAUUCCAGUCUGGUGGUGCUGGCUCUGCCCCUGAUCUGCCUCCUUGGCUGACAUCAUCAGAAAUGAUGCUUUCCCAUAGGUCAGCAUUGGAUUGGCUCAGAUUGUCAAUUCUGAUUAUCCCAUUCAUGUAGGUAGGCUGAGGGGCAGAGCUAAACUCCACUCUGGCUAAUCAGCAUCUCCUUAUACAUAUGCAUUGAAUCAAUGCAUCUCUAUGAGGUAAGUUCAAUGUCUCCAUGCAGAGGAUGGAGACACUGAAUGGCAGUGCAGCAUUGCUCCAGGAAGCACCUCUAGCGGCCAUAUAAGAAGGGGCCAGUGGAGGUAUCCUUAGGCUGUAAUGUAAAUACUGCAUUUUCUCUGGAAAAAAAGUGUUUACUGAAAAAAGCCUGCAGAGACGGACUAUACUCACCAGAACAACGACAUUAAGCUGUAGUUGUUUUGGUGACUAUGAUGUUCCUUUAAUUUUGCUCUGUCAGUAGUUUAAUAGUUAGCUCCCUGAUUUGCUUUUAUGGCAUUAGGCUGUAAACUAUUGCAUAGACCUGUUGGAUGAAAUGGGGCAAAAAAAAUUAUUUACAAUAUAUAAGAAGUUAGUGUUUCACGAUGGCUCCCCUUUAAGCACAAUAAGAUUUAAUACCCAUGAUUAUAAUAUUAUAUGUUAGCAGAUUAAGGCUUAGCUAAUGAGAUCUUAAAUUUCACAUUCUCAAACAAAACUAAACAUACUCUAGUCCUCUGUAUAAUAUUACUUGUGGGUGAUCUGUACAAUAACAACAAAAUUGUUUAAUAUAAAAAUAGGUGGUGUAGAUUAUCCACUCAUGGGUGACUUUUGACCAUUAAAUCAGUGUUCUCCAACCCAGUCCUCAUGGACCACCAACGGUCCAGGUUUUGUCAGUAUCUCCAUUGGAAUAAAACAUGGAAAUACAUAAAUCCAGGACUGUUGGUGGUCCAUCAGGACUGGGUUGGGAGCACUGCACUAUAUCAUUCUUUAAUAAUAUUUUGUCAAGUGCUCAAUCAUUCCUCUCACAUUAAAUGCGAUUUACUGUUGUCAGCUUGAACUAAUCAGGAAUUAGGACACUUCCCUAUCCUCUCCAUCCAGUUAUAUAAGCAGUUCUGUACCUCCACCUGCUGCUUUUGGUGCUGACUUUUCAGCUGUAUGUAAUUUUUUAAAUAAUCAUCAUAAACUAGUAUAUUUUAAACCGUCACUCGGAUGUCUGAAAGAGGUUUUUUUUUUGUUUGUUUAGUUUUUUUAUAGCUUUGCUGUAUUCAUUUUGCUACAGUGUGGUGAGAGUAGGCUUGUAGCUAGAUUCUGUAAAAUAAAACUGUCUAAUAUAGAAUGAAAGUAGAUAUCUGUCUAAUCUAUUAAAUAUUAAUUCUUACACAUAUUUACUGCAAUCCACACACAUACAUCUGAAUUAUAGAUACAACUUUCUCUUAGCUUUAAUUUAUUAUAAAUUUAUAUUAAUAGUGUUGCAAGAGUGAACACCAACACAACUGCCCAUCAAGCACAUCCACCCCCCACACAAGCAAGUAUUGUAGGACAAUAUCCAAUGUAAUUACUUAUAAACUUGUACUCACUAUUGUCAUGCUCCAAAGGAUAGCAAAUCCCAUUGAACACAUUAGAGGACAAACAGACAUUCAUGUGUUAAAAUCCAACAGGUUCAUUUAUCCCCAUAAAAACGUUAAAAGGCGGUGGAUAGGGGUUUCCGCAGGACUGGAAUAGGGACUUGGGCCAAGACCUAACUCGGGAGGAAUUAAUUAGUAUUCCAUAAUGAGCUCUGUUUGAUGUGAGCACCAUAAUUGUAUGAGGAAUACCUACUUUUUUUAUUGUCAUUCAUCCCCUCUACAAACAACAUCCAGCCCCAUCACUACCAUGAUUGUAUUUGUCUUCCAAGAGGACAGAAAGGAUAAAAACAACAAACAUAUGUUUGUUGCUUUUUUUUGCUUCCCCAUCUUCUGCUAGCCUCUUUUGUUUUGACUUUAACAUGUGGUGUCAAAUGACCUGCAAUAUAAGCUGUGGUUUGGGGGGAAAUUAUACCUCUACAAUUCAAUCUUUAUUUUUUAUUUUUUUGUGUGUCUCAACGUACUCUUUGCUGCUCUCUGACCCGGGCAAAUGGGAGUGACCAAAUGGAGCUGGGGCAGAGAUACUUAGAGAGGCUUGGUAGAGCUGUAAAGCUAUAUAGGGGGUACUGUACAGGGUAUAUGGAAUGUAUGUGAUCUAAAAUUCACAUAAUUAUCUGCUAGCAUUUGAAGCUCACUGAGCAUUAUGUGAAUUGCACUUUACAAGUAUCCCAGGUAGAUAUUGAAAAAGCAUGGCACCGAUGUAAAAUUUUAUCCAGACACUAUCCCAACACCCCCCUCUGCAGUUUGCAUGUAUUCUUUUUAACUUUGACUUUUAGAAAUAGGGAUGUUCAUUUUAUAUGGAUGUAGAAUGUGUAACUUAAACAAGAUAUUGCAUUAUCCUAAGAGGCAGUGGUCCGGUAUUUCGACUUUUGGUCAAUAUUGACUAAAUGUUGCCUGAAUGCAUGAAUCCAGUUUUAACCUCAAGGGAAGUCCUAGCACCUAUGCUUAAGCAGCUCAAAUCAUUCUAUUGCCAAAACACGUCUAAUAUAUGAGUUUCCAGUUGUUGUCUGACUACUGCUUUUUCUGCCAAACCAAUAGCAAUAUUAAAGUGUCUGGGGAAGGAUAAAAACUAUUUUUUUUCUUCCAUUAUGCAUUUACUGUGAUACAAAACAAAUCAGUGAUUAAUAUUCCUUGACUCUAGAUAUUUUGUAUGCAAUUAAUAUAGUCCUUAAAAAUCACAAUGUUGUACUUACUUUAUAUAUUUCUCUCAUUUGUGGUGAAAAAGUUAACGUUAUUAUAUGCUCACAUUGUGCCACCUAGUGUCAACUAAAUAGUAAUAACAUCCAACUCAGAAACCUUGUUCAUUGCGUAAACAUGACUAAAUACUACAGUAAUAAAUAUAAGGCUGCAUUGUAACAAUGUUUGAGUUGUUCACUUAAUCUUGUGUAUAGGCAACUGCAAUUUCAUAGUAUUAAUGCAUGGAUGUUAUAUAUGCAUAGGACAGAUAUGGAGUAUAUCAAUAUAGAGAUAAACAAUAAGACAUAGAUAGUUGUGAGAUUGUAAGUAUUGUAUACAGAGCCAUGGAAACGUAGGUAGCAUGAUCUGACCAUGCUGGAUAAUGGAAUUAUUAUGAAUGGCUGAGAUUUAAUCACAGUAGAGUAGUCAUAUCUGGUAAAUAUUUGUGUCAGAUAUAUGUUGCAGUGUAACAGUGUAUAAACUGCGCAGACAAACAUUUUUAUUUUGUUAUUUUUAAAUCUUUGACAUGAACUAUAAUUCACUAUCUUUUCAGCCAGUUUGUUCAAAAAGUUUACUAAAAUUUUAUAAAAACAAAUUACCUUUCUGACAGUGCUUGUGUUGCUAUGUGUUUAUAUAGUGUUAAACACAGAUGAGAUGGCUAAAUGUUUGUUUGUUUGUUUAUGCAUUUUAGGUUUACACAUCCUCUGAUGCUCAGCUCCAGCAUGCACACAACAGGAAUUCCUCAUCCAGCUAUAGUACCUCACUCAGGGAAUAAAGAUCUGGAUAGCUAUGAACAAAACAUGUAAGUUCAGAAUUGCUGACAGUUAUGUCUGAGAGCUGCAAUUCUAAUUUGGACAUUUCUAUGGCUAGUAUACUCAGUGAUUCAACAGUGUUGUGCACUCACAGUAUAUAUAUUAUACUAUGUCAUAAAACUCCAUGGGGAAUGUUUAGUUGAGUACCCAGAAAUGAAUUUUCUACAACAAACCUAAGCUUCCAGAAGUUGUCCCAAAUUGUCAUACUCCUUGUGUGUGAGGAUAUGGAGGUCACUUCCUGGUUUCCUAGUUUGAGUUAAGAGAGGAGGUAUGUUUGAUCUCUCUUCUUCUGCUAUCUGGCUUGGCUGUAUACUUAUUCAUACUCAGUCACUCGUGUUACUCAACAAAAAACAGGAGUAGGAAAAUCUAUCUCAAAUUCAACUAAAAGGAGCUUAAAGGGACACUAUAGUCACCUGAACAACUUUAGCUUAAUGAAGCAGUUUUUGUGUAUAGAACAUGCCCCUGCAGCCUCACUGCUCAAUCCUCUGCCAUUUAGGAGUUAAAUCCCUUUGUUUAUGAACCCUAGUCACACCUCCCUGCAUGUGACUUACACAGCCUUCCAUGAACACUUCCUGUAAAGAGAGCCCUAUUUAGGCUUUCUUUAUUGCAAGCUCUGUUUAAUUAAGACUUUCUUAUCCCCUGCUAUGUUAAUAGCUUGCUAGAACCUGAUUAAAGUUAAAUUUAGAGAUUUAGAUACAAUUAUUUAAGGUAAAUUACAUCUGUUUGAAAGUGAAACCAGUUUUUUUUUCAUGCAGGCUCUGUCAAUCAUAGCCAGGGGAGGUGUGGCUAGGGCUGCAUAAACAGAAACAAAUUGAUUUAACCCCUUCAGGACAGAGUCAAGAGUACACGUUCUGAUCAAAACAAAACGUAAACAAAAAUUGGAAUUUGCGCUAUAUGUCUGUUCAACCGUAAUUCACCGCUGUCACGUUAAGUGCACCCACACUUAUUAUAUAUCAUUUUGUUCAGGAGAAACAGGGCUUUAAUUUAUCAUUAACUAUUCAUAUAUGGAACAUAAUUUAUUAUGAAUAAAAUAAAAAAAAAAGUGAGAAAAUAAGAUUAUUUUUUUUUUAAAUUUGUAUUUCCGUCUGACAUUUUAGCUGUUAAUGUCAUAAUACUGUUAGGUUUUACUGCAAACAAAUGCACAUAUUUGUAAUCAGCGAUGUCUCACGAGUACAACAGUACCCACCAUUAACAGGUUUUAUGGUGUUUUGGAAAGAUACAGGUUCAAAUAUAGAACGUUCCAUUUUCAGAUUGAAAUUUGCCAGAUUAGUAAUGUUCCCUUUAAGAUGGUGUGGUAGCCCAGGAAUGAGAAUUACCCCCAUAAUGGCAUACCAUUUGAAAAAGUAGACAACCCAAGGUAUUGAAAGUGGGGUAUGUUUAGUCUUUUUUAGUAGCCACUUAGUCACAAACACUGGCCAAAGCUAGCGUUCAUAUUUGUUUUUGUGUGGCUACUAAGAAAGACUGGACAUACCCCACUUGCAAUACCUUGGGUUGUCUACUUUUGCAAAUGGUAUGCCAUCAUGGGGGUAAUUCUCAUUCCUGGGCUACCAUACGCUCUCAAAGGCAACAUAACCAAUCUGGCAAAUUUCAAUGUAAAAAAAAAACCUAUACAUGGGGCAUACUGUUAUUCUCGGGAGACUUCACUAAACACAAAUAUUAGUGUUUUAACCCCUUAAGGACGGAGCCAAAUGUACACGUUGUGAACAAAACAAAAUGUAAACAAAACCUGGCAUUUGCGCUACAUGUCUGUCCAACCGUAAUUCACCUCUUACAUAGUAAAUGCACCCACCCUUAUUAUAUAUCAUUUUAUUCAGGGGAAACAGGGCUUUCAUUUAAUAUCAAAUAUUUAGCUAUGAAACAUAAUUUAAUAUGAAAAAAAUGGGAGAAAAUACAAUUUUUUUUAUUUUUUUAGUUCUACAUGACAUUUUAACAGUCAAUGUCAUAAUACUGUUUGCUUUUACUGCAAUAAAAUACACAUAUUUGUAUUCAGCAAAGUCUCACGUGUAAAACAGUACCCCCUAUGUACAGGUUUUAUGGCGUUUUUGGGAAGUUACAGGGUCAAAUAUAGCACGUUACAUUUGAAAUUGAAAUUCGCCAGAUUGGUUACGUUGCCUUUGAGACUGUAUAGUAGCCCGGGAAUGAAAUUUACACCCAUAAUGGCAUACCAUUUGCAAUAAUAGACAACCCAAGGUAUUGCAAAUGGGGUAUGUCCAGUCUUUUUUAGUAGCCAUUUGGUCACAAACACUGGCCAAAGUUAGCGUUAGUAUUUGUUUGUGUGUGAAAAAUGCAAAAAGCGCCAAUUUUGGCCAGUGUUUGUGACUAAGUGGCUACUAAAAAAGACUGGACAUACCCUGUUUGCAAUACCUUGGGUUGUCUACUAUUGCAAAUGGUAUGCCAUCAUAGGGGUAAUUUUCAUUUUUGGGCUACCAUAGGGUCUCAAAGGCAACGUAACCAAUCUGGCGAAUUUUAAUGUGAAAAAACUGAAACGCAAGCCUUAUAUUUGAUGCUGUAACUUUUGAAAACACCAUAAAACCUGUACAUGAGGGGUACUGUUGUACUCGGGAGACUUCGCUGAACACAAAUAUUUGUGUUUCAAAACAGUAAAAAGUAUCACAGCAAUAAUAUCGUCCGUGUAAGUGCUGUUUGUGCAUGAAAAAUGCAAAAAACUUCACUUUUACUGGCGAUAUCAUCGUUGUAAUACAUUUUACUGUUUUGAAACACUAAUAUUUGUGUUCAGCGAAGUCUCCCGAGUAGAACAGUACCCCCCAUGUACAGGUUUUAUGGUGUCUCGGAAAGUUAUAGGGUUAAAUAUAGUGCUAGCAAAUUAAAUUCCCUUUACUUUCGGCAUGGGUUGUCAGGUAGGUCUUGCUAAUUGUAAUUAAUUAAGAUACCUAAUUAUGUAAAAUUAUUACAUAAAUAUAUAUGUAGAAGGGUCAAAUAUAGUGCUUGCGAAUUAAAUUGUGUUGUCAGGCAUGUCAGUCAAAUUUGAAUUAAUCAAAUCACAUAAUUAUGUUAAAAGAUUACUUAAAUAUACAUGUAGAAUUUUAAUAUAUGCAUUUAUAGGUAUUUAAAUUCUACGUGUAUACUAAUGUAAUGUUUUAUGUAAUUACAUGUAUUUAUCUAUAUAUAUAUAUAUAUUUGCGGUUAUUUGUAUUUUAUAUAUAGAAUGUCAUUCUAAGUGUAUUUUGUUACCAAUAUAUAUAUAUAUAUAUAUAUAUAUAUAUAUAUAUAUAUAUAUAUAUAUAUAUAUAUAUUAAUAACAAAAUACAGUUAGAAUGCAAUUACAUAUGAAUAUAUAAUUUAUAUGAAAUUUUGUUUCAAUAUUUUAUUUAUUUAUUUUAUUAUUUUAUUUAUUAUUGUAAUUAUACGUGUGUAUGUAUAUAUAUAUAUAUAUAUAUAUAUAUAUAUAUAUAUAUAUAAUAUAUGUGUGUAUAUAUCUAUAAUAUAUAUACAUAUUAUAUAUAUGUAACGUCAUUCUAAGUGUAUUUUAAUACUAAUAUAUACUUAUAUUAAUAUUAAAAUACACUUUGCAUGACGUUACAUAUAUAAUAGCUAUAGGGGGCCAUAUGAUCGCUCUUUGAGAGCGAUCACAUGGCCCCCGGGGGCCUCAUUUGCCGGGGGAGGGAUGCCUGGGAUGUCAGGCAGCCCUCCAGAAGAGGAUUGCGGCGGAGGUAAGUCCACCGGACCUCCUGUGGCUGCAAGUCGUCACGGUGUUCUAUGCCGCCGCAACGGCUUUAAAGCCCUUUUAAUGCGGGACAGCAUAGAACGCUGUAACGGCGUUAAGGGGUUAACUCCUAAAUGACAGUGAAUUGAGCAGUGAAAUUGCAGGGGGAUGAUCUAUACACUAAAACUGCUUUAUUUAGCUAAAGUAAUUUACGUGACUAUAGUGUUCCUUUAAGUAAAAUAUAAACACCUCAUUCGAUUACUCCUCGAUUUGUAGCUGUUUUGUACUUCUAGAACCAAUUAUGCUCAGUUGUAACAUUUAUUUAUUUGUAGAAAUUACACAGUAGAAAUAACAGACUUGCUUAUUUUUUAUUUCUUUGUUUUCUUUUUGUCUACUAUAUAUUUUAUGCACAGGAAACCACAUUCUGAACCAAAGAGAGAAAAGGAACCCAAAAAACCCACGAUUAAGAAGCCCCUAAAUGCCUUUAUGUUGUAUAUGAAAGAGAUGAGGGCAAAAGUUAUUGCUGAAUGCACACUAAAAGAGAGUGCAGCUAUCAACCAAAUCCUAGGACGAAGGGUAAGGAGGCUUUGAAACUGGAGAAAGAGAAAUCACUGGUUUUGUCCUCAUAACCUCAUCAGACUGUGUCAUACCAGCCUGUUUUCAGCUUGCUUAGAGGGAUAAUAUUCACUUAGUGUGGUUUUCCUCCUUCCUUUCUUAGUGUGGUUUUCCUCCUUCCUUUCUUUCUCUCUUUUCUUUACUCUCCCCCUCUUCCAUUUUGUAUUUGUAAAUAGUUCAAAAUAGUUUGAAUUUAGUCUUAGGUAUAGUAUCAUCUGUGAUCUUGUGUUAUACAAUAGGCACCAUAACCACUACAGGUCAGUGGACAUAAUCCCACUGUUUUUUUGAUUGACAAAACAAAGGGUCUCGCUGGCUCCAAUUUACUCUUUCAACUUACCAGUGUCAGUUCUACCCAACCUGAAUGGCAGUAAUUGGCUGAGAACACUGGGGUAGUUUAAACACAGUACUUUAAGUCUAUCACUGCUGUCCAGGUUGGACAGAAUUGAUAUUGGCUAUGCAGAAGUGUAAAUUCCACAUUACAAUUGUGGCUGGAGAACUGGGUGAGCUGUGGUUUCCAGUAAGAGUUUUAGCAAAUUUCCUAAUUUCAAUUGGCAAGGCAAGAAGACUAUAGCAAAAUAAACCAUGUUUGUGAUAUCUAAUGUAAAUGUAAAAAUUAAGUAAUUAACAUGAAUUAAAAACAUACUUCUGUAAAUAUCAAUACAUUUGACAUGUGUUUUUUAUGGGUAAACAUAUCAUUAUUUAUUAUUUUAAAAUCUUUAUUUAUGAACAGUCAGGUGACACAAUAGCAGGCAUCAUCACAAGCAGUGUAAUAGAUAUAAAAAUGAUUAAACAGUGCUGCAAGGCCGUCAUUUUUGUACAAAAUAUAAAUAACAUAAAUUAAGCACUAAUGCAAACAUGUAAUGUUGUCAAUCGAAUAACGAGAUAAAAAAAGAAUGAGUGUAGAAAGAAAAGAAGGCAAUAGGAAAAGUAUAAAGAAAGUAAGAUAAUAAAGGAGUUACAGUGGAAGGUUGGCAUGCGCCUUACCCCCUGUAACGAACAGCCUCACAUUCCCUUAUAAGAUUCUCAUUUCUGAUAUGAUUUGUUGAAGAAAGACAUAGUUUAGUGAACCUGAGCAGUCAACUUGUCCAUGAGUUAGGUAUCCUUAAUCUUGAACUCUAUCUCGGCUAUACUGGGGGCCUCCGUCUGCCCUAUGGACUUAUUCCUAAUAUUUUUAAGUGAAUUUGCAUUUAAGUAGGUGUUUAUUUUAACUCUAAAAUUGUGUGCAAUAAUUUUAUAGUAUUGGCUAAAUUAAAUGUUUUUCUUUUCAUAGUGGCAUGCGUUAUCUAGAGAAGAGCAGGCAAAGUACUAUGAACUAGCAAGGAAGGAGAGGCAGCUUCAUAUGCAGCUCUACCCAGGCUGGUCUGCAAGAGACAAUUAUGUAAGUAUAGUACUAUACUGCUAUCCAUCUUACACCACAUUAUUUAGAUUUAAUUAAAGUAAACCUAUAGCCCCAAAAGUAACAAUUGUUGUUUCGGGACUAUAGGUUACUUUAUAAAGAUGUCAUCCCUGUUCGCCCCUUUGCUGUGUAAAAAUUAAGGCAGAGUUUAAUCACCUCAUAUCCAGCGUUGGGACUCCUCCACUAUCGCCUCCAACUCCUCCUCCGUUGAUAUCAGCAUGACCUCACUUGCAUUCUCCUCUAACCCAUUGCUUCUGAUAAAAAAGCAUUAGCUUGAAAUUAAGCAUGCACAGCAAAACGCUGUGAUCCUCCAACCAAAUUCUGCUAUCAGCAGCAUUUUAUUCCAGGAUAGAGUUCCACUGAGAUGAAGCGGUCUUUGUGACUUUAACCCCUUAAGGACCAAACUUCUGGAAUAAAAGGGAAUCAUGACAUGUCACACAUGUCAUGUGUCCUUAAGGAGUUAAUGGUCAUUUUAAAUAUGCAACUGUUUCAGAAUAGUGUUCACACAAAUGGCUUAUUAGACUUAUGAGUAAUGACUCAGGACAUUCUGUUCAUACUUUGGUGUAUGUUUUAAACUUGGCUAUUUUGACCUAAAUUUUGUACGUUCAGAGCUAUGUUCACCACAGUUAACUUAUUAGUGAAUAAACUCAUGGGUUUUUUUGCCAUUUAAAAAGGUUUGCCAUGAGACUCGUAUCAAAAUAUAGUUUUAAAGUUUACUGUCAUCAUUUAAAAUCAUGAUCGCUUGCAUUGAUCUGCUAUUUUUAUUCUGGACCUGACAGACAUGAGUUAAUUUCAUUGAAACCAGCCUUUCUUUAUAAAAAGGGAUUGCUGCUGAUAAAUUAGACAGAGGAAAUGGAAAAAUCAAAGCAGUGCAUGCACAUUAGGGUAGGGUGUGAGAAAAUCUUUCUUCAUGGAUAAUUUAAAAGGUUUCAUAGGGAAGCGCAAAGUCAUAUCUAAUAGUUUUUUGUACUUAACCCUUAAUUAAGAACCACUGACACUUUGACAUUGUGUUUCCUUUUAUUAUACAUAAACUAAAUAUAAAACUAAAUUACAUUUAAUGUGGGUUGUGGUUUGGUGGACAAAUAGAUACUAAUCAGUUGACUUUAUAAUACAAUUUUUUGAUAUGUGUUGCGAUUUAAGUAACAUCAAGCAUAUUGGUUAAAUAUUUAUAUUUCAACAGAAAAUUUACAUUUUUUUUGUUUGUUUGUUUUGUUUCGUUUGUCUUUUUUUUUUUUUUUUCAGGGGAAAAAGAAAAGGAGAACCAGAGAAAAACAUCAGGAUACAAAUUCAGGUAAGAUUUCCAGAAGAGGGUGUGUAUAAACAAAUGGCAAGAAUAAAGAUUCAAAUUAUAAUAGUCUUCUGUUUUACAAAUAAAAAAAAGUAGAGAACAUUAAAAUUAAGUCAAUAUAUGCAAAUAUGUUUAACUUGGCACAAUUAAGUCCACGUCUGGUAUGCUAAUAAACUUGUAACUAAUAACAGUAGUUAUUGAAUGUUUAGCAUCUUUUACAUACAUCUGUAUAGAGAACUGCUGCUGCUGAUCUUUGUAUUAUCAGUCUUUUAAGUCAUAUUAUGUCACACUAAAACAGAACUGCGUUUGUAGGAACUCAACAAACCAAUAAGGGGUAAUCCACGAGUUUCCACUAAUUCUACUACAUUAACUGUGCCUCUUUGGGGCAUACCCAAAAAAUGCAGCAGCAGGCGUUUUUAUUUGGAAAGAAUGUUCCUCUUGAAGAGUACUUUAAAAACCGUGUACAAUCAUUUUUGUUUUGUUUUUCCCUUCUUUGUUUACAUUAAGCGCCAUAUUACUAGUCUAUUAUAUUAGGGGAUUUUUUUUGGGGGGGGGUUGGCUCAAUAUUAAAAGCAGAUCUACAAAAGCUGAUUUGCUGCUGUUCCAAAUGUAAAUAAAAAAUUAAUUAUGCAGUAUCACCCUAUAUUAUUUGUACAGGUUAAGAAUAGUGUAUGGUAGGUGAGUUUUUUUUAUAGAAUUUUGGACCCUUCAGAUAAUAUUUUAAGGCAUGAUCACAUUUUAGCUCAUGGGGUAAAAAAGGUCUAUGCCAACUCGGUGCUGAAUUAUUGAUUAGCAUGAGGUGGAGACCUAUUUUUUAAUAGUUUUUCUUCUAAUCUAUACAUUUGCUAGCAAUUCGUCUAGCACACUGAAUAUGUAGAAUAUAAUUACUUAUAUAGUGAUCAACCACAAUAAUAAAACCACCCCUUGUGCAGCCGAACAGCUCUGAUUUGUCGAGGUAUUGGACUCCACAAGACUUCUGAAUGCGUCCUGUGCUAUCUGGCAUGAAUACAUUAGCAGCAGAUCCCAUUGGUGUUGCAAAGUUCGACCUCCAUGGAUCAGAUUUGUUGUUCCAGCACACCCCACAAAUGCUCAAUCGGCUUAAAAUCUGGUGAAUUUGGAGGCCAAGGCAACACUUUAAACUAUUUGUCAUGUUCCUCAAACCAUUACUGGACAAUUUUUGCAGUGUGGCAAGAUGCAGUAUCUUGCUGAAAGAGCCAUUGCCAUCAGGGAACAUCAUUGCCAUGAAGGGGUGUAAGUGGUCUGCAACAAUCGCUAAGUAGGUGAUAUGUAUCAAAGUAACAUCCACAUGAAUACCAGGACCCAGGGUAACCCAGCAGAACAUUACCCAGAGCAAAACACUGCUUAUGCUGACCUGCCUUCUUUCCAUAGUGCAUCCUGCUGCCAUUUCGUCCGUUGGUAAACGAUGAACCCGCAUCCGGCCCUCCUGAUCUAAAAGAAAACGUGAUUCAUCAGGACUGGCAACCUUCUUCCAUUGCUCUGUGGUCCAGUACUGAUUUUCAUGUCUCCAUUGAAGACACUUACAGAAGUCAUCAGUGAACAGAAGUUAUCAUUGGGCAUUCUGAUUGGUCUGUGGCUACGAAGCCCCAUACGCAGCAAACUUCGUUGCACUGCACUGUGUUUUCUGACACCAUUCUAUUGAAUGACACCAUUCUAUUCUAUAUGACCAGAAUUCCUUUUUUCAGCAAUUUAAACUACAGUAGCCCUUCUGUGUAAUCAGACAAUAUGGACUAACCUUUGAUCCCCACAUACAUCUGUGUCUUGAGCGCCCAUUAUCACGCAGUGCAUCUUAGUUUGCUGCAUAUGGGGCUGUGUCAGAGUGCCCCUGAUGACCCCGUUCACUGCCGUAAUCACCUUUAAUUGGGACGUGCGCAUCAGAACUGGACAAUGAAGCAAUGGAAAAAGGUUGCCUCGUCUGAUGAAUUACAUUUUAUUUUAUAUUAGGUGGAUGGCUCUUUCAACAUCUUGCACCAAUUGAGCAUCCGUGCGAUUUGCUGGAACCCACCUUGCAACCUGCAUGACUUAAAGGAUCUGCUGCUUACAUCUCUGUGCCAGAUACCACAGGAUACAUUCACAGGUUUUGUCGAGUUUAUGCUUCAACGCAUCAGAGCUGUUUUGGCAUCACAAGAGGGACCUACAUGAUAUUAGGCAGGUGUUUGUUUUGUUUUUUUUAUUCUUUAUUUUUCUGUGCAUAAAAGGCAGUUACAGAUGAAUUUGCAAUGGCAUGACAGCAUAGACAAAUAAUGUAAUGGAAAACAGUGAGAUAUAAGGGCAUGAUAUAGAAAAUCAUUGCACAUUUUUAUAUUAAAGGUAGGAAAGAAAGAUUUUUGUUAGUUAAUGUAGAAACAGGAACAUGUUAGGCAGAAACUACACAGGAUUGGUAUAAGACAGAAAGAAGGACACCACCAGUUGUUUAACUGUGCUCGCUGAGUGUGCAGUAUGCAAGCUAAGCUAAACUGCCAGACUGGGCACGGGUAGCUAGAUGGUAGCUUAUUCAACCAAUACUCAUAGCACUCAAACAAAGUCCAGGACGGUAUAAGAGGGUAGCCUCCAUGGAUUCUGCGGUUUGCCACAGCACUCCAUCUCCCAUGACUCCAAACUUCUCUCUUUGCAAUAAGAUAGAGUUCACGAGACUGCAGAGAGGUAUAAUUUCCACAGGUACGCAUCACACAUGUGCAGGCUGAGCAACAGGGAUCGGUAGUGCUGUUUGCUGACUCUGUCUCCUCAACCUCCGCCAGAACCGCCGGCAUAUCGCUUUAAAUAUUUUGUUAAAGUAUUCCUCCCAGCUCUGCACCUCAGCUUGUGGAGCUGCAGACAGGUGAGUAAUUGGUGCCUGGUGGGGAUUGGGAUAAUCCCCACCUGUCCAGUGGGAGGGGGGGGGACACGGGGCUCUGAAAAUCCAAUUAGGAGUAUCAGACAAGCUUGCCAGUGUGGGUAAAUCCAUCAAGAAGCGAUUUUCACCCUCUAAUUAGCUUUUAGAGCAGGAUCAAGCAGGAGCCCAAGCACUCUGCGACCAUCCGGUAUGGCGUCCAGGUCCCGCUCCUUGGCAGGUGGUUUUAUUGUUGUGACUGAUCAGUACAUAUCUAACGCCCCUUGACAAGUGCCAUUGUAACCAUGUAAUCAAUGUUAUUCACUUCACAUGUCAUUUAUGGCUGAUCAGUGCAUCUGCUGUUUUAUGACUUAUGUUAUAGUUUUGAUAAUAGCAUGAGGCCAGCAUUCUGCUUAAAGGACCACUAUAGGCACCCAGGCCACUUCAGCUUAAUGAAGUGGUCUGGGUGCCAGGUCCAUCUAGGGUUAACCCUGCCUGCUGUAAACACAGCAGUUUCAGACAUAGCAGUUUUGAGAUUGGCUGAAUGCGCUCGCGGCUCUUGGGGACAUAGAGGGUGAGGGGGACCCAAGGACCCUAUAGAGCCAGGAAAACUAGUAUGUUUUCCGGACACUAUAGUGGUCCUUUAAUAAAGCAAACUGUAAAAUAAUUGAUUUUUGGAGUCUUGCAGCAGAGGAGUCUAUGUAGCAAACACUAUUUAUUGCCUUGUUACUUGUUAAAUGUUCCUUUAAAAAUGUAUUGGUUAACUUGCGGUUAGAUUAAGGUUUUCUGACUGAGCCUGCUACUGUAUUUUAACAGGUGUUAAAUCCAUGCCUAAGAAGUGGGGUUAUUAGAUUAGGAUGCACACUCCACUUUAAUAUUCUGCUAAUCCACUAAGUGUGGAGAAAUGUACAUGGCACAUUAAAGCGCUCCCUAUUAAUUCUGCUGACAACAAGUUGGGCUCAGUAAUGGCUAGGAUGUCUGUCAGAUGCUUAGGCACUGACAUCAGAAAAAUAAACCUAGUCAGUGAAGUAUGCAUGUAUGAUCAGUGCUAGAAGAAAUGUAUACACAAAUUGUUAGGCUACAUACAAGCAGGCCAAUAAGAAUGGUAGACACAAGAAGAAGAAAAAAAACACAGCCUUCUUACUGUUUUGUCACAAUUAUAUUUUAGAGUGUUGCUUUUAAAUAUGUUGCCAAAAUAAUGCAAAUUAAAUAUAUAUUCACUGUGAUAAAUGUAUGAGGCUGAGUGUAUUUGAGAUGUCAUGAGUUAAAUCUUGUAGGUGAUCUCUAGAAUAUACUUUUGAAAUGGACAGCAGCAAAUAAACCCUUUGUAACUUAAUACAAUCCAACUACUACUAGGGGCUAUGGUGUUUUUAGUGUUCCUCCAAGUUCUGCCUAUGUUUGGUGUAAGAAUCACAUUAUUAAAGCAGGAGUAGAUGCUGUGCGUGCGUUUUUUGUUGUUGUUGAUUGGGUUUUUUUUAUUUUUUAUGGGGGUCUAGUGGAGACAAAGUGAUUUUCAACCAUUGCACCCUCUGAACCAAGUCAUAUGCAUGCCUAGAUUGGCCUUGUUCUUGCCAUUCACCAUAGCAUUUUUGAGACAGUUCCACACUAAAGGUAACUAGUAAAACUGAAAUGAGUUGGUUUACAAGGAAAAACCGUGUACUUUGGGUAGAGACCAAAUUCAAAUUGGACAAAAGUGGUAAGUAGAGUGCCUCAGGGUUCUAUCCUGGGUAAACUUAUCUUUAUUAUAUUUAUAAAUUAUCUUGAAGUGGACAUUGAAAGUCAUUUGUUGGUGUUUGCAGAUGACACAAAACUAGGUAAGAUAAUACAGUCUGAACGUGAUAUAACUUCUUAACAGAGGGAUUUGGAUACAUUGGAGGACUGGGCAGUCAGAUGAGAUUCAAUAUAGAUAAAUGCAAAGUCAUGCAUUUUGGAAUAAGGAACCCAUAAGCCACUUAUACAUUAUAUGGGGUUGAGUUAAGGAUAACAUUAAAUGAAAAGGACUUGGGACCAAUUUUGCCAUUGCAAAAGCUAGUAAAGUGCUUUCCUGAUUCAAAUAUAAUUUUGCAAGAGCACUCUGCGCAGCUCAAAUGUGUCAAAUGAAGUGCUCACACUGUGCCUUUAUAGGAUUUGGUAACACUAUAAAACAAACCUGGGUCAGUAGGACAGGACUGUUGAUAGGUAAGUUCACCACUUUCACUUACACAACAGAGCAAACCUAGCCUACUGUGUUUUUGCUUUGUAUAAUCCAUACAUAAACAGACUCUGACAAAAUAAUAUGUUUGCUUGGUCUCCCUCCUCUUUUACACUUCUGCAUUACAAAAAGGAGUCUUUGGGGUUUAAAGCCUUUGGACUGCUUAAAACCCAAGAUGUAGUCACAUCUCCAGCAACUGCUACCAUUACAUCAUCAUUGUGCUGUAAUUUAUUAAAAAGAAAAUAAAAGGAAAGGGUGUGCCUUAAAGGGAUGGUAUUAAAAAAGUACUUUAUAUAAGUAGAUAAUAAAAUAUAGUCCAAGUAACUUAACACUAGUCCAAUAAAGUGGAUCCACAGCAGUAGGGAGAGUUUUUGUGGAACGGCAGAUAAAGGACGGUGACGAGUGUAGGCUUGUAGUCCAAUGGAACAUGUAGGGAAGAAACAAAAAGAACGGACUCCAAUGGUACAGUAUAUAGAUGCACUUAAAUAUUCGGAUUAUAAUAAUAAGGAACCACUCACAAUAUCCAGAGCUAAAAUCCAGCUCUGGUGUGGAAUGUGUGAAGUGGAAUGAUCCCCACUCAAGGAUAUAUGGAGUACUUCCAAUUAUUAGAUUUAUAUGACAGUACGGUAGUCCAACACCAGAGUGGUCCAACCCAGAAUAAAAGAAAUAAAAUAUAGUGCUCACUGUAUCUUUUUAAAAUAAAAAGAUAAAAAUAUGAAAUAUAGUCACAGUAUAUUGAGCAGGCUCACUGCUCGAUGAAUAGCAUAUGGGUGGUAUAAUCCCCACCUAAGGAUUCUUUGUGCUUCUUUUAGGAGAUGAAACAUAAUGUCAGGUCAGGAUAUUUAAAGUAAAAUAUAAAGUGAAAGAAAGGAAUAUGGCAACCAAAGUAUAUAAAGCCAAAAAAUUCCUUUCUUAUCAGAAAUUAAAAGGUUUCUAGAUGCGUUUCCCUGAACAGGCUUCUUCAAGUAGAAACUAGUAAAAACCUUACAUACAUGGUUUUAUAUUGGAUACAUUAAUUGCAUUGAGAUUUGAAUAUUCCCGCCAUAAUAACGUCAUAAUCUUAAUAGAAAGAUACAUAAUAAAAAUGUAACUUUGCAACAUGGUUAAAGGUAAGUAAACUAUUAGGGUAUAUUAUCGAAGGUUAUUUUUAAUAUUAUUUAAUAAAAACAAGACUUUAAAAUGCUUAAAAUAGAGUAUAAAGAGAAUCACAUGACGCACAGCUUGUUACUUCCACGUCAUGUGAUCUCGGGUGGAACGCAUGCGUCAUAGAUAGGCGGGACUCAUCUGUGAUAAGGAAGAGAGAGCGGAAGCUGAGCCGUCAGAGAGAGAAUCGUCGCGUCACCACGACGGAGGAGCCUCGUGGUGGUAGCGACGAAGAGAUACAUUUGCCGAUAUGCUGUCUGGUCAACUUGGCAGAACAGACAGCAUAGGCAAACAUAUGUCAAACGGGUCACAGGAUCAAGACCCGAAGGGAGUGCGGAGAGCAGACUGAUCUCCUGCACAAUUAGUAAAACGAAGCAUAAAUAUAGUACUCAAAAAAUAUAUACAUUAAAAAUAUAGUACGUUAAAAAUAAUAAAUUAUUUACAUUACAUUAUAGUACAUUAAAAAUAAUAAAGUAAAUAUGGUACAUUAAAAAAUUAUGCAAUAACAGAUUUGACAGACUUGUAUAACAAUAUAUAAAUAGAAAAGGCUUUUACAAAAGCAGAUAUAUGUAGUGCACAAUGAUAUAGGGAUAUGUAUAAUAAAAACAAUAGAAUAACAUCAAAUAGUGUGUGCAUAUUGGUGCAAAAGGAUUAAAUGAGACAUUGUAAUAUUUGACAUUUGUGAAUAGUAACAUAUAUAAAUAAGAAAAUGAGUAUAGCAGAGAGUAUAACUGAGAGUUUUAAAAUAAAAAUAUAUGGGUAAAAAUGAAUAAAUGAAAAAGUAAAAAUAUGAAUAAAUAGUAAAAAUGAAUGAAAAUGAAAUGUAAAAUCUGUAAUCAGUAUUAUUAUAAAAAAGGGCCAAGUUUAUAUUUAGACCUUGUGGGGCAAGAGUCUUUAGAUUAUAUGCCCAUUUCCAUUUCUUUGCUCCCUAAAAUCUUUUUUAUAUCUCCUCCUCUCUAUGAGACACUGCAUGUAUCUAUGCCUAUGCAUUAAGGAUAUUUAGGAUUUUUACUGUGUUUUAAAAAAAUGUCUUGAUACUAAGUGGUUCUCAUAACCUUUUGUAAUAGUCCUGCAGUGUUCUGCCAGUCUGGUCUUAAGAUUUCUGGUGGUUAUGCCAACAUAUAGGAGCCCGCACGGGCAUUCCAAUAAAUAAAUUAAAUUUUUUGUAUUACAAUUGAUUACAUUUUUUAUAAAGUACAGAAUGCUGAAGUGUUUUAUGGGUGUAGAGUGGUCCUUGAAAUUCUUUGCCAGAAGUGUGAGAUCUGAUGUCUGCAAGUCACAUGGUUUAGCAUUUUUCUUUUUUGAGAUUAUUUUUGCUAUUUGCAAGUGGUGAACCGUCAAGAAAAUUGCAGAAUUCAAGUUGUCAAUUUACCACAAUUCACUGUUUAGUGAAUAAGCUCAAAAUAUGUGGUUCUCUUCUUAAACUUUUUUAAAUUAAAUUGUAGCACACAUUCUUUGCUCAAGAUAUUCUUAACAACGCAUGGAUUGAUUGAAAUGUAAACUGCUUUUUUUUUUUUUUUGCUGUUCUUGAACUUUUUGACUAUGGCAUACCAGCUUGUUUUAAAAUAAAUUUAAAUUGUCUGCUUGCUAUGGUGAUGCACACAAUUUAACACAUGCUAGUGCUAAAUGACCAAAUGUUAAUUCGUCAAACUGUACUGUUGUGAGCAACCAAAGUACUGCAGCAUGCACUUUAUGAUAUUUGAUUACUCAAUGUAUAUGUAUAGUAUGUUAAAACAAUUGAAGGAACACUUCUAAUGUUAAAAAAAAACAACAAUAUUUAGUUUUAAGUUUGCGGUGCUCCUUUACCAUUUUGAUCCCAGGCCACCCCUCUCCACGCUGCUCUGCUCAAACCCCAGGAGUCUGUCAGUGAUGACAGUCUCCAUUUCCUCUUUGGACAAAGUUGAUGCAUGGACAGCUAUUGGCAUCAAUGCACCAAGGAAUUGUGUCAAUAACCCAAUAUAAUGCUUCUCAUAGGGAAGCUCUUACUAUCUCUAUAAUGACUCAUUAGAGUGAAUCAGAAAGCACUCCUAGUUGUUAGCUUGGCUGCCAGGGGUUGUUCCUAAAGUAGAACAUAAAAGUGCUGAUUUCUCUUGAAUUCUGUAAUUUUAUGAAUGGGGACAGAGGAAACAUGCAGUUAAGCCCUAAAACGCAUCAGCAUGCUGGAGUAUGUUAGGGGUGUGGGGUGUCCCUUUAACAAAAAUGACUACCUAUACAGACCACAAUAAAUUGAAACUAUGAAUGUAUGUUCUGGGAUGGAAUUUUCGUUUAGAUUUGGCUCAUCCUUCAUUUAUAUUGACUCAUCCUCCCAUCAUAUCCUGUUUAAGAUUGAAGAAGCAGAUUUUGGGCACAGUACUGAGCUAUUUAUAUAAAAUAGCUAUACUCAGUAUGCAAGAAUGACAAAUACCCAUGUUUGGAAGUCACAAGCUCCCCAGCAUGAUGACUGCUCCAAACACAAAGUAUACUUAGUGACUUUUUCUUAUUGACACUACUAUUUACUUUUCAGGGGUGCUUACUAUAUGUGGCCAGUUUGCACUUAUGCAUCUUUGUGUCUACAUCUUACAGUUUUAAGUGCCUAAAUUUUUGUUGCAUCUUUUCUUCCCUUUUUGUGCGGCUUUACCUUCCCCUGCGCAUGUUUCUAUACUCAGACCCUGGCUCCCCUAAGAAAUGCAGAGCUCGCUUUGGCCUCAACCAACAAACGGACUGGUGCGGCCCGUGCAGGUGUGUAUCCAUAAAAAUAUCUGCUUCUUUUGCACUCUGUCUUUAACUCUUUUGCAUGCUUUUAGCUAUCAUAAGUCUUGCUCACUUGUGUCAAAUGGUAAUGCCAACUCCCCAAUAGUUAUUCUGUGGUGUUUUAAUCUUUUUUAUUAGGCUCAAGAUUUAUAGUAGAUAUUUGUGGCAAAUUCUGGUUAAAAAUCAAGGUCCAAUAAAAAUAAAUAAAUAAAACAGAUCAUAUGUGCAGCACACAAGGCAAUGUAGUUUUUGGAUAUUUGUUUUUAGUUUUUAGCCAGAUAUUGUCCUAAACAAAUAUGAAACUAACCUGCAUUUCUUUACUUUAAAUUGUAUUAAAAAAAAAAUAUUCACUGCAUAUAACCAACAGUAGUAAUCCAUAGGAUAUAAAUGUUUCAGUAACACUCCACUACAAUCUGCUGUGGUGUAAACAAUAUAUAUAUUUUUUUAAAUUAACCAAUUAAUGUAUUUUAUACAAAUUGUCAAAUUUAAUUAAGAUCUAAUUCAUGGACUUCUUAUCACAUUUCUUUGCAAAUGAUCAAUACAAAGUGUCUGUUCUGCUGUAUACAUAGUACAUUUUUUUCCAAAAAUAGGAAAAGAUUGGUGCUAAUUUUCACCACCUGGGCAGCAAGACAAGGUCAGGGCAAAUUUUUGCUAACUUAGAAAAUAAAUUUAAAAAGAAAAUGACUUCUCUUCUUCUUGGUAUGCUUUCUCUAUGGUGACCGCCAGGUGCAAAGGGCAAAUCCUCUAACAGUGACUGAACGGGACAAGAGAGAGGCAUUCAAUUGUAGGAUUAAAGUGUCCGUGUCACUUCCAUUUAACUUUUUCCUCUUGCUUUCUCUUCUCUUUCUGAACGUUCUUAUUUUCUAUUUCUGAUCUAGUUCUCUUUGAAACAUAAGAUAUAGUAGCGGCUACUGUGUCUUAUGUAUUUUUUUCUACAAUUGUCAAUCUUGACAAAGGGUGGAGCUUAAGACAAACUUCCUUUUGUUCAGGGCCGGUGCAUGGAUAUCUGCCGCCCUAGGCACAGAUCCAUUUUGCCGCCCCCUCAUGAAAGCAAAUACAAUCUCAGAGGUUUAUUCACUAAACUCUGAAUUGCAGUGAGUUGAAAAUCAAAUUGCAAAGUUUAAGCAAAGACAGCUCAGCUGUGACGGUAGCUGAAUUGGAGAAUUCUUCUAGAUCAGCUAGUUUGGCCUAAAUUUGUCAUAUGGUUUCCAGUUAGGUCUACCUAAUACACACAUACUGCUUCAUGCGUACAUCCAUAAACACACACUGCUUAAUACCUACAUCCAUACACACAUACUGCUUCAUGCCUGUAUCCAUACACACAUACUGCUUAAUGUGUACCUCCAUACACACAUACUGACUAAAACAUGCAUCCAUACACACAUGCUGCCUAAUACAUGUAUCCACACACACAUAUUGCCUAAUACAUGCAUCUAUACACACAUACUGCUUAAUACCUACAUCCAUACACACAUACUGUCUAAGACAUGCACCCAUACACACAUACUACCUAAUACCUACAUCCAUACACACAUACUGCUUUAUACAUGUAUUUUACAUUGAAUACAUCAUUUAUUGCUGUGAUAAAUGAUGUAUUCAAUUCAUUUGGUGAAUUUAAUUUAUAAUGAGACUAGCAUAGAUGAGCACACACACUUACAGACGACCAUACACUGACAAAUGAGCACACUCACUGACCGACACAUACACAUACUGACCUACACAUACUGACAGACACACUCACUGACAGACAGACACACUGGCAGGCACACACACUCAGUGACGGACACAAACACACAGACACUCACUCACAGACACUCACUGAGAGACACGCACACACACUCACUGACAAACAUACACUCACUCACUUACACACAUAUUCACUGACAGACAAAAACUCACACAAUUUAAUUUUAAUCCAGCCUCCCUACCUCCCUGGGGUCCAGUGUGGGGCAGCUCCUCACGCCCGCUGUUUAGUAUGCCGGGGCCAGAAUGACGUCAUAUUUUUGCUACCGGCAUCACAGAGCGCGCGUGAGAGAGGACUGAGAAGCUGGAAGAUCAGUCUCCCACGCUGCCAACACUUGUCUGCCUUCUCCCCCGGCAUUUAUCGGCAUAGCAGGCGCCUGCCAUCUGGGUAAGCAGUUGUCCGUUUCGGGGGUGCUCUAAGGUACCGCCUGGGCCCUCUGUGACAGGGCUUCUCUUGGCUCCUACACCUUCGGGCACAUGGAGGAUUUGCCCAGCGCUCAAGAGCUGCUCGCCCAGUGCUGCGGCCCAAGACAGGGGCAGCCCACUAGGAAUGCCUAAUUCGCCGGUUGCACUGGCCCUGCUUGUGUUAGCUUGACAGAGGAAGUGAAGCUUGCCUUAAAAGAACACUAAAGUGUCAGAAACACAAACGUAUUCCUGGCCAUAUAGUGUUAAAACCACCAUUUAGGUGGCUUGCCUCCCUCUUAGCCUCCUUAAAAGAUAAUAAAACAUAUCUUAUUUCCAGCGCCGCAAGGGUCCGCUAGCGCUGGGCCCGGCCUGAUCCACCUCCUUGCUGACAUCAUCAGAAUUUAUGAUUUCAGCCAAUCCAAUAUUUUUCUAAAAUAGAAAGCAUUGGAUUGGCUGAAAUCCGCAAGGGGGCUGGGCCAAAUGCUGGCCUGGCCAGUGAGCACCCCCUCAUAGAGAUGCAUGGAAUCAAAUCUUUAUUUUAAUUUUUUUCAGAGCUUGAAAACAAUUUAAUGAAGUAUGGAUAGGCUGCAUUCAUAAAUGCCUUAGUCCAUACCCAGUACAAUAAACUGAGGCGUAAUUUGUGCAUAGAGUGCCUUUUUAAAAGGACAGUCCACUACCCAAAUGAAAAGAAAAAAAGUCACUGUUUAGUAGAAAUACACCUUCCCCCCCCUCUCCUCCAAAUAUUACCAGUGUGGACAAUCUUGCUAAGGAUCAUGCAUACUAUAGGAUGACUGUGUAUGACUGGCCACCAUGUAUAUAAUAAUAAGAUAAAUAGGCGUCUUGUAUGUAAUGGAGAGAUAAAUGGUUAAUGUGUGUUGUUUCUUUGUUUUUAUUUGUCCUAAGAAAUCGGAAAGGAAUUUAAAAUUUUAGAAUAAAAUAGCCAAUUUGGUUUGAGGGGGGAAAACCGUUAGACCAAAGUGCUUGAGCUGGAAAUAAGUUUGAAUAAUUGCUAAUAUUUUUUUAUUGGCUGUUUUUUUUCUAAAAUUUUAAAUUCCCUUCCGAUUUCUUAGGACAAAUAAAUUCUGUUUAAUUAUGUAGAUGGUAGAACUCAUGCCACAACAUGUCACUGGUGCUGGAUUCACGACUUUCAUAUGCUCUAGUUUUAUUCUGUAGAAUAAAACAUUUUUAUUGAUUGGUUUUUUGCUUGUUUGUUUAACUAAGUGCAGUACAUUACAUUUAAAUUAUGGGAUACUCCAAAAAGGAAACAUACCACAUUAUAGGAAUUGUGGAUUUAGGCUGAAAUAGCUAAAGUGGAAAAACAUGAUACUUAGUUAACUUUCUAGCUUUUGCUGUUUUAUUAGCAACCUUCAUUAUUGCAGAUAAUCUGGGUCCAGGCAUAAGGCAGUGGUUGCAUUAUGUUAUCCUCAAAAUGUUUUUCUUAAUUUGGAUUCUGGACUUUUCUAUGUGUACAACUCUGUCAAUCAAUGUCUGAGUUGAUUGCACAUCCUUGGCAAUUGCAGGGUAAUGUGCCAUUGGUCAGUUGUCAGACUCUGAUUUGACAUAGAAAAAUUGUAUUUUGUUACCUGAUAAAUAUAUCCCGUUUCAGCAGCAUAAAUAUGACAACUUUGUAAAAACCCCUCUGACCAAAGUGUGAAUUACUUUGUUAGCAUCUCAUUAUUUACAUUGAGUAUUAAAGGGUUACUCCAAUCACCAUGACUGCUUCAGUGAUUUGAAGUGGUCAUGGUGGUAGGAGUAUGUAUUUUUUGUGUAUGUUUUAUUGCAAAUCAAGGGAGGGACCUUAACCAUAGUGCCAAAUAGGGGAUAUUAAAUAGGAAAGGUCCCCCCCACCCCGCUCAAUAGGCUUGGAGUAACCCUUUCAUCAAAUUAAGUAUUCUAGAAGUUCACAUACUGUUUCAACAAUGAAAAUGAAUGCAAGCUUACUUUGUAUAGAGAUAUAUGGUAAUUCUUUUUUUUUUUUUUUUAAUAUAAAUUCUUUUAUUCAAUUUCUUACAUAGAUACAAAUAUCAACAUGACACCACAAAUCACAUAACAUCUAUUGAACCAUUAAAACAAUCACAAUAGACAAACACAUUACACUGUUAUCUGCGGGAUCGGGCUAUUAUAAAAAUAUGUCUUAGCUCAGGACUCUUACUCUUCAAACAUUACCAGAUCUAAUGGUUAUCUAAUUAAUUUAUAUAAUAGGUUCUAUUUUAUUAACCCAUCUUUGCCAUAGAUCCCUUCUCUUUGGGGAAUUCAAAUACGGUAUACUUAGAUCUCUUUCCAUCCUCAUCUGAAGGAUGAUUUGAUCUUUAAUGGCCUCCCAAUAAACUGCUUGAUUAGAUUUCCAGUUCCGUGCAAGAACAAUUUUAAAUGCAACAAGACAACGAAUUAUAAAACAACUAUUUAUAUAUGACAUAUUCGACAUAUAAGACUACCUCUGGUUUCUUUUCUAAUUCUAUUCCAGUGUUGUCUUUAAUAAAUCCUAUCGUUCUCUUAAUAGAGGUCUGAAUGUUUGAACAACUCCACCAAAUGUGGAGAAAUGAACCCUCCUCUUUAUCGCAUCUCCAACAUCUAGAGGUGACUCCAGGGUACAUCUGAGAAAGCUUGCUAGGAACCAAAUACCAUCUAUACAUAACCUUGUAAUAAGUUUCUAAUAAAUUUAAAUAUUGGACCUGUCGACGAGUAUUAUUUAUAGCUUUACACCAAUCUUCUUGUUCUAAGGAACACUUCAGAUCUUUUUCCCAUUUGGUCCUCUGGGGAAAAUUAACUGCCUCAUUAGUAUUUCUAGUUAUCUCUAUUGCUUUAGCUAAAACUUUCGGUAUAUUCUGAUUUGAAAAUAUGCGUUUUAUCAUUUUAUGCGCUUUUCCAGAAUUAUUAUUAAGAUGUUUCUGCAGAAAAUGUUUAAGCCUCAAAUAUGCAAAUAACUCUCGUUGAGGAAGAUGGUAUUUUUGUACUAUAAUAUCAAAAGGCAAUAUUUUAUCUGAGUUUAAUAUCUUUGAAACUUUAUUUAUUCCUUUAAGUCUCCAAGUUUCUAGAGAUAAAUCUUUCAUAUUAGCUUCUACUAUCCUUAAAUUUGCCGUAUCCAUAAUUGCAUAUUUGAGGCCUAUUUUCUUUUUAAUUUCCUCCCAGACGGGCAACAUUUGGGCCCAUAUAAUAUUAUUUUUUUAUAUCUAUCUCCAUAUUAUCUAGAGUUUUCGUAUUCCAUAGCAGACCUUCUGGAUUUUUUAGCCUCAGAUCUUCCAUUUCAAUACUAAACCAGCUUUCUUCUUGAACUGUCUCCAUCUGGGACCUAUACAUAUGAUUGAUCACAUUUGCCCAGUAUAUAACUCUUCUAUUAGGAAAGUUUAAACCUCCUUCCUUAGUCUUUAAUGAUAGGAUGUUUCUAUUUAUUCUAUUUUUCUUACCCUUAUUAAUGAAAUUUUCCAAGUUGUUUUGUAAUAACGUCAACCAUAUGUCUGGAAUCCUAAGUGGAAUCAUCUGAAAUAAAUAACUCCACUUAGGAAUAAUAUAAGAAUUGAUAACAUUAAUACGGCCCCACCAAGUAAUCUGCAUAUUUCUCCACUCUUUAAGUAAUAAAUUUGUACUUUUUAAUAGAUUUAGAAAAUUUUCUUCCAUCAUCCUCUCUAUAUUUUUAGUAACCAAUAUUCCUAAGCAAUUAAAUUUCUGAGGUGCCCAUGUAAAUCCAUAUUGAUUACUAAUUUCCUCUCUAAUCUUCUUGUCUAAUUCAAUACUCAUCACAACUGUUUUUUCAUUAUUUAAUUUAUAAUUUGCCAAAUGGCUAUACACUCUAACUUCCUCCAUCAGAUAAUUCAAAAAACUAGCUGGUUCAGUAAUUGACAAGAGGAUAUCGUCCGCAUAGAGACUUAUUUUAAAUUCUCUAUCUCUUAUUCUAUAUCCUUUUAUAUCUACAUUUUUCCUAAUAUUUUCCACUAAGUGCUCUAUUGAAAGAACAUAUAAUAAUGGCGAAAGUGGACAUCCUUGUCUCACUCCAUUAUUUACUGAUACCCAGUCUGAACAAAUAUUUGGGCCUACUAUUCUAGUUGAAGGAUUUUUAUAUAGAGCCAUAAUUCCCCUUAACAGCCAGCCUUCUAUUCCAUAUGCUUCUAGAGUUAAUUCUAAAAACUUCCAGUUUAACCUAUCGAAGGCUUUUUCUGCAUCAACUGCUAAGGUCAUAAGAGGAAUAUGUUUCUUAUUAGCAUUAUCAAUUAUAUCGAUGAUUCUUCUUGAAUUAGAGCCUAUCCAUCUGUCUGGAAUAAAACCUAUUUGAUCAUUGUGGAUGAGCUUAUUAAUGAUACUCUUAAGGCGUUCUGCCAAUAUAGAUGAGAAUAUUUUAACGUCUGAAUUAAUUAGAGAGAUAGGACGAUAACUGGCCACAAUAGUUGGAUCUUUUCCUUGUUUCAGGAUGGGGAGCAUAUUAGCUCUAGUCAUCUCUUCAGGGAAACUUUGAACCGCAUUAUUAAACGUUGAUGCUAAUUGUUUACUCAAAAUAGAUUUAUAAGUAUGAAAAAACAAUUUAGAAAAUCCAUCUGGACCUGGUGUUUUUGACUUCUGGGUUUUAGAUACAGCCCUAUUCACCUCAGCUUCUGUAAUCGGAUUAUUAAUACUUUCUUUCUGAAUCUGAUCUAAUUUAGUUAGAUUUGUACUAGUUAAAUACUGUUUGAUCAUGUUUGUAGUAGCUUCAGCAGGGAGAUUAUAUAGUAACCCAUAAUAAUCUCUAAAGCAGUCCCCAAUAUCUUUUGGAUUUGUAUAAGUUAUUUGAUUAUAUAUAAUCUUACAUAUACGAGCGUUAGCAUAUUGUCUCCUCAACUUAUUAGUUAGCAUCUUAUCUGUUUUGUUCCCUCUACAAUAGAAUCUCAAUUUCAGUUUUUUAAUAUUUUCUAUUGUUUUAUUAUUUAGGCAUUGCAGAAUAUUUUUUUGCACUUCUGAUAUUCGUCUGCCUUUCUCCAUUGUGGGAUCUGCUUUAUUAUCUGUUGUAAGCUUAUAAAGUUCAAUGUAUAGAUCACCAAGUCUCUUUUCUUUACUUUUAGCUUCAUGGUUUAGCUUUAGAAGGUAACCGCUUGUAACUGCUUUAAAUGAACACCACGUAUUCAGAUAUGAAGUUUCUAAAGGAUCAUUCUCCUUAAAGAAACAUAUUAUCAGUUUCUCUAGCUUAGUCUUACUCUUUUUGUUAUAUAGCAGAUAAUUAUUUAGUUUCCAUGUUGUAUUAUUUGUAGCUGUCAUCUUAUCUUUUAUUUCAAAUAUGUACAUACUAUGAUCUGACUAUACGUUUUCCACUAUAUUAAUUUCUACCAAUUGUCUAUUAAAGUUAUAUUACCCCAGAUCAUAUCAAUUCUUGAGUAUGUAAAAUCUACUCUAGAUAGAUGGGUGUAGUCUCUUAAUUUGGGAUUUUGGAGACGCCAAGCAUCGAAUAAAUCAUAAUUGUUUUUAGUAUUGGUCAAUAAACUCGCAUUUUUAAUUAUUGUUUUGUUCAUUACACUACCUUUCAGCAAUUUUUUGUCCUUUUGUGGAUCCAAUAUACAAUUAAAAUCUCCUGCUACUAUAUAUAUCCCAGUUUUGACUAAAUCUGCUUUAUCUAAUAUUUUCUUCAGUUGAGAAACUGGAGCUACGUUUGGUAGAUAUAUGUUAACUAUCGUAUAUUUAACAUCGUUUAUCUUACCUACUAAGAUCAUAAAUCUUCCUUCUUUAUCUAAUUCCUGAUAAAGGUUCUCCCACUUAACCCUAUCUGAAAUUAUCAUUGCUACUCCUCUUUUUUUUUUUUAUCCUUCGUAGAUGCAUGUAGAAAGAUUGGGAGCUUAUUGCCUCCCCAUGUUAAUUUCUCAUUUUGUCUGCAGUGUGUCUCCUGAACUAAACAGAUAUCUAUUUUUUCUUUUAGCAUUUGAUUUCGUAGCAGAGAUCUUUUAUACAUCGUAUUCAGGCCCUGAGCAUUGAUAGACAUAAAUUUAACCAUAAUUCUGAAAGGCUUACAAACCCUUUCUUCUGCAAGUGGUCAUCUCCCAAUUUUGAUCACUUUCAACUUCAAGCAUUCCACCAGUUGCAGCUGGAGAAUUUGAUGGGAAAGCUCCAGACUCCGCCCUUUAACUUUGUAUCUACCAUUGUCUGGUAUCAAUGACCUACAUAAACUACAGCGAUACCCAUACAACAAGUAGAGUUUAGUAAGAUAUAUAGACAGUGGCGUACAUACCAGGGUCGCAGGGGUCGCGGCUGCGACCGGGCCCGGCCCACCAGGGGGCCCGGCCGCCCCUGCGACCCGGUGUGUACCCACAGGGCCAGCCUCUUCUCCUGGGGGGCCCAGGAGCGACCACCCCAGGGCCCCCCCGAGGCUGGCCCUGCUGACCCCAGCGGGCGGGUGGCCGGUCGGGCAGGCGGGCGGGCGCGCGAGGGAGCACUCAGUGCUUCCUCUUCCGCUCCCUCGCGCACCGCACUGAUACCGGAGCCGGAAGAUGACGUCAUCUUCCGGCUCCGGCAUCCCCAUGCGGCGCGCGAGGGAGCGGAAGAGGAAGCACUGAGUGCUCCCUCGCGCGCCCGCCUGUCUGCCCGACCGGCCACCUGCCCAGGAGCCCAGCAGCACCACUGGACCCCAGGGAAUCCCCCCAGCACUCCAAAAGGUAAGGAGGCUGGGGGGGAUUAAAUUUAAAAAAAAAACAUAGAGUGUUAGUGUGUGUGUGUGAGUGUGAGGGUUAGAGUGAGGGUUAGAGUGUUUGUGAGUGUUAGUGUGAGGGUUAGAGUGUGUGUGAGUGUUAGUGUGUGUCUGCUAGUGAGUGUUAGUGUGAGUGUUAGUGUGUGUGUGUGUCUGCUUGUGAGUGUUAGUGUGAGUGUUAGUGUGUGUGUGUCUGCUAGUGAGUGUUAGUGUGAGUGUUAGAGUGAGAGUGUGUGUCUGCUAGUUAGUGUGAGUGUUAGUGUGUGUGUCUGCUAGUGAGUGUCAGUGAGUGUGUUACUGUGUGUGUGUGUUAGUGAGUCUGAUGUCUGUUAGUUAGUGAGUGUGUGUCAAUGAGAGUGUAUGUUUUGUAAGUGAGUGUGUAUGUAUGUCUGUCGCUGACUGUGUCUCUGUCAGUAAAUGUGUGUCUGUUAGCUAGUGUGUAUGCGUCUGUAAGUGUGUGUGUGUGUGUCUUCAGCACUUACCUUUCUCCAGCGCCGGACUCCCUUGGCGCUGAGGAUCCCUCAGCCUCUCAGCUCCGAAUGCGACCGCGCACGCAUUCAAACCGCCCAUAGGAAAGCAUUACUCAAUGCUUUCCUAUGGACGUUCAGUGUGCUCCUCUAGCGGCUGUCAGUGAGACAGCCACUUCUCUGAAACUGCUAUGUUUUCAGCUGCAGGGUUAAAACUAGAGGGACGUGACACCCAGACAACUUCAUUGAGCUGAUGUGAUCUGGGUGUCUGUAGUGGUCCUUUAAAGGACCACUAUAGUGCCAGGAAAACAUACUCGUUUUCCUGGCACUAUAGUGCCCUGAGGGUGCCCCCACCCUCAGGGACCCCCUCCCGCCCGGCUCUGGAAAGGGGAAAAGGGGUAAAACUUACCUUUUUCCAGCGCUGGGCAGAGAGCUCUCCUCCUCCUAUCCUCCUCCCCGUCGGCUGUAUGCGCACGCGCGGCAAGAGCUGCGCGCGCAUUCAGCCGGUCACAUAGGAAAGCAUUCAUAAUGCUUUCCUAUGGACGCUGGCGUGCUCUCACUGUGAAAAUCACAGUGAGAGGCACGCAAGCGCCUCUAGCGGCUGUCAAUGAGACAGCCGCUAGAGGAAAUAGGGGAAGGCUUAACCCAUUCAGAAACCCACGGAUCAAUUUUCGCACCGGGGCCCCAUGGGUCAUGUGUACGCCACUGUAUAUAGAUACAGCACACAGCAUACAUCCCAGCUAGAUAUUACAUGGUUAACUCUAAGUGGUAUUGUUGGAAGGUGGAAGAAUUUAGGAACACCAGCAACUCAGACAUGGAAGUGGAAUUCUACAUAAAGUCACAGAGCUGGGUCACUGCUGAGGUGCAUGGUGCGUAACAAUCACCAACACUGUUAAUUCUAUAGCUGAAGAGUUCCAAACUUCCACUAGCAUUAUUAUCAGCACAAAAACAGUGUAGCAGGAGUUUCAUGAAAUGGAUUUCAAUGGCUAAGCAGCUGCAUGAAAGCCUUGCAUCACCAAAUAUAAUGCCAAGCGUCGGAUCGAAUGGUGUAAGGUACACUGCCACUGGUCUCUCUCUCAUGCUUCUCUGUUUUGCAGUCUGAUGGGCUAAUGCCAAGAGAAAGUUACAUUUCUGACUGCAAUGUGCUAACUUUAAAGUUUGGUCGUGGAGGGCUAAUGGUAUGGGGCUGUUUUUAGGGGUUGGACUAAGCUCCUUACUUCCAGUGAAGGAAAAUUUGAAUGCUUCAGCAUAUCGAGACAUUUUGGACAAUGCUAUGCUUCCAACUUUGUGGGAAUAGUUUGGAAAAUCCCCUUUUCUAUUACAUCAUGACUGGGCCUCAGUGCACAAAGCAAGGUCCAUAAAGACAUGGUUGGUGUGGAAGAACUUAUUGGCUCACACAGAGCCCUGUCCUCAACCCAAUUGAACACCUUUGGGAUGAACUAGAAUAGAGAUUGCGAUCUAGGCCUUCUUGUCCAACAUCAGUGCAUGGCCUCACAAAUGCUCUACUGGAUGAAUGGGCAAAAGUUCCUACAGAAACACUCCAAUAUCUUGUAGAAAGGAUGAAGCUGUUAUAGCUGCAUAUUAAUGUAUGUGUAUUUAGACUGCAAUGUCAUAAAAGUCCCUGUUGAUGUAAUAGUCAGAUGGCCCAAUACUUUUGUCCAUGUAAUCUAUUAAUAUAUGUCCUGUACCUUGUAAUAUACUCUAGAAGGCAAUUUGUUGUGUGACAUGACACAGAGAUGGACACUAUGAUAAAAAAAAUGUUUUAGAGGUGUGCAAUACCAAUACAUAGAAGUGAUCACUCAAAACCAUUUAAGAACAUUAAAAAUUGUCAAGCAGUCUAUGCUGAACAACUUGAGAUGGAUUAACCCAAUAAUGUAAAUUUAUGAAGGACUCUAAAAACCAUGUAGAUUUUUUUUUCUUUCUGAGUAAACUUAGACUAGAUAUGUUUAAUGCAGUUUUAUACCAACUGCAGGGGUUAGGCCAUUUGGCCCUGCCAUUAUAAAAUACCUUUAACUUUUUUUAAAAAAAAACUAUCCUUAACCCCUUAAGGACACAUGACAUGUGUGACGUGUCAUGAUUCCCUUUUGUUCCAGAAGUUUGUUCCUUAAGGGGUUAAAAGAUCACUAUAGUCACCAUAUAAAAGCAAGAAAGAAAGGUCCCCCCCCCCCCCCCUUCUUUCUUGCUUUUAUAUGAACUUGUCAUUUAAAAAAAAAAAAAAAUCUAAGCACUUUUUAUUAAUAAAACUUACCUCCGUUCCAGCGCCAAGCUUCCUGCCAGGCCACACCCCCUUUUUCAUCAAAAUGAUGAAAUUGUAGGUCCCAAUCAGACGCUUCUCUUUGAGAAGCGUCAUCGCUCUCAUGCGCGGUUUCUCACCAAUCAGGUGAAUGCCGCUCUAUGAAAAAAACUGCGCAUGUCUAUAUCUAUCUCUAUAUAUCUAUCUAUUUCUAUCUAUCUAUAGCUAUCUAUCUAUAUCUAUCUAUUUCUAUUUAUCCAUAUCUAUCUUCAUUAAGUUGAAGUUGUUCAGGUGACUAUAGUGUCCCUUUAAUUUUAUCUGACCAAUCUAAAAUGGCAGCAUAUUUCCAUUAUGGUCAGCCAUGCAAAAUUGGUGACACUCAUGGCUGUGUAUGUGGUUUCAUGCUUUCAUUUGGCUAGGCAUGUUGGAAAUGUCAGCCUUUUUUGCAGGUUUAUAAGCAAACAAACUAAAUAUCCAUACACUAUAAAGAGAGGUUCAGAGAAUUAAUACUGAGAUUGCCCAAAUUUAGUUUGAAUUUCCCUGGUAAAUACAUUGCUUAAAGGGCACCAAAACUACUUAUGCUCAUUAGAUUGAGCAUAAGAUUACAUAUAUACAUUGUGCUAGCAGUUAUGCUAGCAAAUGUAUAGAAUAGGAGAAAAGAGUAUUUAAAAAUAGUUUUUUUUUUUCUCCCAGGAAGUCUCUCUGCUCUCCACCCAUAUAUUGUGGUUUCUAUGGAAACCCCCUAACCGGCGCUUCUAGGCUAGGGGGUAUAGGAACGAAGUGAUGUGACAUCACUCCGUUCCGAUGCUGGCAACCGAGAUGCCUGUUUGUGGAUGUGUCCCAAGCAAGGCAAAUCAAAGAAAUCCACACACUGAGCAGAGGACAGCCAGGAGGUGGGUGUUUCACAAAGAGUAUCACACACGAAGCAGUGCUGGACUGGAGAAAAAGUUAGUAAAUCUCAUGUUUUACUUUGAAUACACCAUGUAUCUUUCUGAUAUAUGUUGUAUUCAAUGUAUUUCAGGUAAGUUAAUUUAUCCAUAACUGGUUCACUUUAAAAUAUGACUGGAAACAUGUAGGAGUCAGAGUCAACAGCAGCAGGUAUCGGUUUAGAAUCAAAUCUGUCUAUACCCUAUAAUCUCUGUGCCAAGGCAGAAGUAUGCAAUGGCUAUCUUACUGUGCAAAAUGUAAUGCACAUUACUAUAGAGAAUGUUUUGUAGUAUCAUAUACAUAGACUGAUGUGCAUGCCAGUAUUUGAUGCUACACUUAAAACAGUUUUUCUGUGAUGUAGAAUCUUUUUAUGUACCGCUGUAUGGUAUUAUCCUAAUUUUUAAUUUCUGAUCCUAGUGUUAUGUAUGAAUAUGGUUAAAUAAUUAACUAAAUGGGAACAAAAUGUAUUUUGUCAGAAAAUAUUUGAUAUUAAUAUUUGAAAUGAUCAAUUCACCCUUUAUUUACAGAUAACUCUCUUCACUGUUCUUAGGAGGAAAAAGAAGUGCAUACGGUACUUACAAGGAGAAGGAGACUGUGGCAGCCCAGUUUCUUCCGAUGGAAGUGCUAUAGACUCUCCAUCCUCACUAUUAAAUGCACUCCAGUGCGUAUCGUCUUCUGCUUAUUCUUCAGGCAAGCUUAGUAGCCGCGCUGAUUCUGCCGAAAUUGAACAAAACUACCCUCUGCUCCCUUCUAAUUCAAAAUCUAUUGGUACAACCACAGAACAUAGACUUAAAAUCACAUCUCAUGCUAUAGAUGUGUUAGAGUCCACACCUGGACAUAGUGCAAAUGUCAAAGCCACGUAA